AUGGGGUCCUGCGGAAAGCUUCUGCUGGCCCUUAUCUUUAUGUUUGGCGGUACUAAGGGUGAGUUGUUUUUUUUUUUUUUUUGCAAAUAACACAAAUUUAAUGUGUAUCUAUUGUAAAUAAAGACGGUAUUCUGAAUCCGAAAUUUUAUUAACGAGUACUUAGGUAGGUACCUAUCUAUAUAGUGUCGGGUAGGAGGCGCUUUACAAUAUUUUUUGUAGUGCUGUACCUUCGGCGAGCGCGCGUAAUAUUUACAAAACGUGUUUAAUAAUAUGCUAUCCGGCGUCGUGACGGUAACGACAGUAGUUAAAUAAAACUGUUUGAUUAAAUAUUUUUUUUAUUCUCUCAUAUUACAUAAUAUACUUACCUAUACGGGCAGGAAGUCCCUUUUGUGUACGCGUAAUGAACGGGGGUGAACGAAUGAGUCAUGAACGUCGUCGUUGUCGACCAAAUGGGGGCGUUCUGUUCUGAUGCACACAUAGUCGUCGUUGUAUAGACAUCGCGGAAGUCGGUAGAUUCCUAUAAUAUAAGAGUCGUCUCCUUUCGUUGUACCGUGUCCCAAAAAUAAACCGAUGUACACCAACGAAAAGCAGUUCCGUUUUAAUAAACGAUUCAAUCGGACCUUGUUUCCUACGGGAUUUAAUUUGAUGGUUAGUGUCCAAUAAUAAUCGUGUUAAAUGUUAUUAUAGGUACGAUUUAACAAUAUCGAUUGUGUCGAAUGGCACAAAUUAUGACUUAAAUAGAUAUAAAAAGGUUCGUAUAAAAAAAAAAAAAAAUUAAAUAUGUAUAAAUACCUACCUAAUUACGAAAAAUUGGUAGGAACAGUUUGUAUAUAGAAUAGAAUUUAUUAUAAAAUUCUGCAGGUCGGCUAUUGCGCCUAUUAAUUUAUUGUUACUUAAAUACAGUGACGUACCUAAAUAAUAUGUUGAGAUUAAAUUCGAGUGUUAUAGAAUAAGAAUAAAAAUCACAAGAAAAACCCUUACAAUUUGUUUUAAAUUUGUUAAUGAAUUAUAAAUGAAUUCUGGGGUAAUUUUGUUUUUAUUGGUUUAUCGCAAAAAUAAUUCGAAAAGUAUAUAACUAUGUUUCGAUUUCAGCCUCAUCAUCGGAUCAAACGUAUAAUUUAAAAUAAAGGUUGAUUUUUAGCUAAAUUAAAAAGCCUCUUGAAAAAAGUCGUGCAUUUCAAUGUUUUUUUUUUUUUUUUGAUAGGUAGGUUUUGAAAGACAAUCAGAUUUAUAAUCAAACAAUUCAUAUUUUUGUUAUAAUGAUGAUUAUCUAGGUAUUUAAGUAUGUUAAUUUAAGGAGGUUGGAAACUGUUAUCUAAAUUGUGUACAAUUUGAUAUCAUUUUUACCUUAAUGAGAACUUGUCCACUAAUAUAUUCUCUGGUAUCCGUUUAAGGAGAAGGGGUGCGGCCUCUUUUUUAUGGAUGAAUGUUUUAAACCAAUAAGCGGGGGAAAAUUAUAUAUACAAUUUUUAAAGUAAUAUCAAAUGGAUUUCUUGACCAAAUUGUCUGGGUUAUUUAGAAAGAUGAUUUUUCGAUUUAAAAUUUAGUGUAUUUAAAAUAAUAUAUAAUAAUUUAAUAUUAUGAUGUUAUUUCCGCGGAAUUCAAAAAAAAAAUAGUAUCCUAAUUUUGGGGUAUAAAAAAAUGUAUCAACAUAUUCAUACGUUAUGCUUUAAAAUUAAAAUCGGACAUUGGUAAGUAUCUAUGUGUAGUUUCUCAUCGCUUAUUAUUGAUCCGAAACGUAUGAAAAAUAGGGGUGUUCCUCCAAUCUCCUUUUCGAAAAUCUAAUAACUCUCUCUGGAUAAGAAACGACUAGGUACCUACCUAAUUAAUUACAGUAAAAUAGCAAAUUUCGUGUUUUUCUUUCAUGAUUUUCAAUAUUUUUUUACAAUGGACAAUAUAAUAUUUUGUCGAUAAUUUUAAAAUACACGUCACAUCGGUUAGGUUAGGAUAGUUCACGAUUUUUACGAAACAUUUUUACUAUAGCGAUUAUUAGUAUUAUUUUUUUAAUUGUAUUGUAUAUAUAUAUGAUGUCGUUACAAUUUUGUUUAUUAUAUUUGAAAUAUUAUGUUUUGUGAUCUCAAUUAAAUAUUCGGGUUAACGAAUUUUGACCUUUAUAAAAUAGUAAGUAUAGGAUAUAACAGUAUAAUAAUAUAUUAUAUUAUAAAAAAUAAUAAUAACAAUAAAAACAUAAUUACAAUAAAUCAUAAUAACUAUAUUAUUGUUAUCUAUUUGUUAUGUACAUUGCGUAAUCGUAAUAAAACAUUACGAUUUGUAUAUUAUGUAUUUACUGUAGUUAUAAAUUAAAACAUGAAUUCAUACAAUUUUACCAGGAUAACUGAUAUAUCCGUGCAACAAUUUGUUGUCCUCCGUUUAUCGUGAUAAUAAAUAUUUAAAUAUAUAUAUAUAUAUAUGUUUAAAAAAAAAAAACAACCGUUUUUCGUGUUUCUCGUAUUUUUCGUUUCGUAUAGACAGAUUUGAAAUAAAAUCGCCACAAGCUUAAAAAUUACAAAGAAAAACGCUAUUUGUGUUUUCUGUGUACCUUUACUUGGAUGGUUUUUCGUAAUCUGUCGUAUUGUUUUUAAAGAAAUUUAAAAAGCGUUAAAUAUAUUACGUAUUAGUUUCAAACAAACCGAUUAUAUAAUUAGGUACUUGUAUGUUUAAAAAGAUAAAAAAUUGUUUACUGUUCAAAAAUAUUUACGUAUGGGCGAAUAGGCACUAUUUAUUAAUAUUUAUCUUUUAUAAUAUUAUUAUUAUGUGAUUAUUUAAAUGCGGAUGCAUCAUUUAUUAUAAUUGUAUUAUAUUAUAUAUAGGUACGAUUUAUUUAUUUUAGUUCUUUUACAAAAUUCGCUUUUAAUAAUAAUAUCAUUUAAAUAAUGUUAGUUUUAAUUGUCAAUUAUCAAAGAAAAUGAACAAAUCUAUAUACAUUUACUAAUUAUUAAACUAUAGAUUUGAUUGAUUUAUAGGGGAUAUACAUAAAGGUAAUAAUUACUACCAAUACUAUAUAUCUAUUAUGACAUUGAAUAUUUAUGUUAAACCCUAUUAUCAAAACGCCUAAAACUAUAAUUAAUUUUGGUUGCGUCUGCUGUAGUCCUUUAGUUUUUUCGGUGUAAAAAGAAAUAAUGUGUGAUGACCGUUUAUAGUGCCAACCCUUAAUUAGUUAGAUAAUUAUAUAUUAUUAAAACAAAAAAACCGAUAUUAAUAAAAACUUUAUAUUAAUUCCAAUUAAUAUUUUCAUUUUAUAGAAACAAGAUUUAUAUGCUCUUAAAAUCCACAAAAAAUCACUUAAAAAAUAUUUAACAAAGCCAAAAUAAUAGAUGAGUUUACAAAAUUCUCCCUUCUAACGGAUUUAACUUAUAAAUACAAUUUUUUAACACAACAAAAAUGAUUAAUAAAAAGUAAUUAAUUUUUAUAAUGCGUACGAUUUUAUUGAAAAAAAAAAAUUUAUAUUAAUCGUUUUUGUAGUUCUAGGAAAUUUAAUUUAUUAAAUAGAGCCAUUAGUGGGAGAUAUUUAAAUUCUUUCAUCAUUUUUGCUUUUUAAAUGUUUUUGUUAGUGCUUUUUUCAUAGAUUCUUUUGUCAUUUUAAAGCGCCUGUUUGUGGAUUAUAAGAGAAUUUAAAUUCAGUCUAUAAUUAUAACUAUGGAACGAAUUUGUAUGCACUUAAAAUUCACCAAAAAGCACUUAAAAAUUGUUAAAAAGCAAAAGUGGUAGAGGGGUUUUAAAGUCCUACAUCUAACCUUUAUUAAAUAAUUUUUUUUUAACGUUGACAAAUUAUUAAUACAAAUAUAUAUUUUUUAUAACACGUAUAACUUUAAUUGAAGAAAAUUUCUUUGUGAUUAUCAUUUGUAUAGUGUUAGAAAAUCAUUUUUAUUAAGUUAGGACUAUUAGUGGAAGGAGGGGAAUUUCAAACCUCUACCAUUAUUCGUUUUUUUAAUUUUAAAUGACUACGUUUUAAAAGGCUUCUUUUGACGUUUUUAAGGCACUUUUUGUGGAUUUGAAGUGCAUAUAAAUUCGUACUCUAGUUAUAACUAUUGCAAUUUUAGAAAAUAAUAAUAAUUUACUAAGUAAAAAAGCGAAUACCAAAUUUAUAGGUAGAGUAGGUUACCUAUUUACCAUAGUGCUCACGUCAUUCAAUAUUUUGCUUCAUUUCAUAUUGUACCUAAGAAAGAUAAUAGGUUACACGAUUACACCUAUACGAAAUAUCAAAAACCAUUUGUUUUAUUUUCGAAUUAUUUUAAAGUUUCACCGAUGUACCCAAAUAUGUAUUAUGUAUUUUAGGGUUGGGCGAGAUACAAAGAAAACUAUAUUCAAUUUUUGAACUGCAGGAUACAAGAUACUUUCUAAUUUUUAAUUUUCAUAAUUCAAUAUCGUCAAUUCGGUGAAUACUUUGUUAUAAAAUCUACCUACUAUUUUUUAUAUUAAAAGUACAAAAUAAAUAGUUUUUAUUUUUGCCCUUUAAAAAUAAACUAAUGUUUCAAAUAUUUUGUACACGAACAACCUUUUUGUGUUUUUCAUUAUUUUAAUAUAUAUAUUUUUUAGACUAUACUAAAAAAUAUGUAAGCAUCUUGUUUCUUUUAUCACUAAAAGAUACUUUGUACCGUAAUUUAAAGUACCUUGAUAGUACCAAGGUACGUUACAUAAACUAAAAAAGAUACAAUUACAAUAUUAUCUUUGAUAUGUGUAUCUAUGUGUCUACCGAACCCUGUGUUACAGUAAUAUUAUAUAAGUAUUGUGUUUUUAAUGAUUUUUCCGGAAAUAAAAAUACAGUGUUUUUUUUGUUAUAUUUUUUUUUCGAUCAAAACGAAAACAAUGAAAAGUCCCGUAAAAUGUCCAAAAUAAUUGAUAAAAUUAGAAUUAAAAUAUAUCAGGAAGUAACUACUGCAGCUAUAAUACUUACUGUACACAAUAUUAUACGUCGUAUGUAUCCCUCUCAUCGAUCUACGCUUUUAACGUGACUGCACCUUCCACUCUUCCUACGACCCUAGCUGUCUGGCCGGCACACGCGGGUUCAUUGGGCCUCCCGUGCGUUUCCAUGACAACCAUUGAAAUCCUGUUGCCGUCCAAACAAUACUACUCCGGAGUACACUCGGUGCUCGCUGUGUAAGCAGCGCCCGCCACGACGACAAUUAUUUAUACACACAAUAUUCCAGUGCACGUGUAUGCGUUGCGUAGUUUAACAUUAUUGUUUGCCAAUAUAGGUAGGUAUUAUAAGGGUGUAUAUAGGUACUCGUAUAUUAUGCAAAACUAUAAUAAUAUUAUUAUUUUAUAGGUACUGCAAUAGCUAUUAUUAUUUAUUAUCGUGUGAAUCGCGCGGUUUUAACUUUCCGGUCGAUCCGCGCAGGAAUUUUUGGAUCGGGUUUUUUUUUUUUAUUACUACUACUACUACUACUAGUACUAUUAUUCACAACAAACGGUGGUAUAUUUGCUCGCAUAUAGCGAAUACUGGCCGUCACACUUCCGGGAAGUAAUUUUCAAUAUUUACCUAGACAUACACACCUGAGUGUUAUAGUUAUAAUGUUAUGUAGACCUACACUCUACAGUUAUUAUUAUAACUGAAUUUACCUACUUGUGCUACUCACGGUAAUACUUAAAACUCGAUUUUAAUUUAUACAUUAUCGAGUUAUCUUUUUUUUUUUUUAAGCUACCUAUUUGUAAAUACAAUUAUACAAAUUUGACGUUAGACAGUCAUUUUUGUACGAUGUAACGGAGCCGGGGAAACGGAUAACUAUAUUAUAAUACAAUAUAUAAUUGCCAAUAUUAUCGUAAAAUAUUUCAAUAAUUACAUUUGUUCGGGAUAUCUAUCACGUCGUAUUAUUCUGAUAAUUAAUAUAGUUUUGCAUUUAUCGUAAGUCGCAGACAAAUAAAAAACGAUGGUGUUUAGAUAACUAUUUUAUUAUUAAAAAAUAUGUCGAGUGCCCCAAUAAACAAAUUAUUUUUCAUUUUAAAUGUAUUCGUAGUUAUAAUAAUAGAUAAAUAAAUUGUUUUGAAAAACAAAAAUAUUAAAUACAUAAAUAGUAAAUAAUACUAAAUACAAGUGCUUAUUGAUACCUCACAUAACAUAAUUAUAAUUACGUAAUUACGUAUUGUCUGCACGUUAAUUUUCUAAAAAAUAUUUGUUCACUAUAUCUUAAAUAGAUAAAUACCAAUUUGUCUUUUGUAAAGACAUUUGUACACUAUAUUAGAUUUGUUGGACAAUAAAAUCAUAUCAUUAUAGUAAUAUUAUGUAACUAAUAAGUAAUGUAUCAAAUUAAUGUAAUAGUAUUAUUAUUAAAACUCAAUGAAAAUAUUCGGAGCAGACGCUGCUGCACCUUCAUUCAUCUGGGAUAUAAAGUUCACUUAAUAUCUCGGCGACUCGUAAAUAGGCUGCGUUCACGCCAUUCGAAUUGUAUAAUUUUAAUGAAAAUUGUAAAACUCAUCGAAUUUUCCAUACAGUCUUGCUAAAAUAACCAAUAUUAACUACGUAUAUGAUUUUUUAAGUUUCUGUAUUUUCUAGAAUAUUUCAUAUACCUUAUAUUUGAAAAUAUUUCAUUUAGAAUCACUACAAUUAUUUUUUUGAAUAUACUUUAAACAUUUCAUAUUAAUUAUCCUUUAUCUCCUAUCAUACUUAUAGUUAAAUAUAUUUAUGGUUGAUUAAUAAUAUUAUUGAUACAUUUAAAUGUAUGCAGUCAGUAUGGCGUUAAUUAAAAUUAUAGUAUAUGUGAUAAGCAUAAUUUAAAUGUAUAUAAUAAUGUUUUGAUUUCAUAAUGAAUUGUAUUUUUUUUAUUAUUAUAAUUCAAGACUUAUCAUUUUAUGAAUAAAAUUAUGAGACAUAGGUAGUUUGAUCGAUAAUAAUUGAGUUUUCUUUAUUUUUUUUUUUUAUUAUGUAACGUAAAGUUAAAAAGUGUUUAAAAAUGUUAGUAUUAAAAACGAUAUUUCGCACGAUGGGUGGGCCACUGUUUUAGGUGAGAAUUUUGAAAGGUAGGAUAUAGAAGGGAAUUUAUUGUAUAUCUGUACGUAAUGAUUGAACAUUUUUUACAAAAAACGAUUCUGAGUGGGGUUCGGUUUUACAUAUUUUGAAAGGCCGUAAUAUUUGCGAUUUUCGUCAAAAUUUGAUAUUAAAAUUCAAAUAAAAAGAAAUGCUACAUUACACUCAAAUUUUUUUCGACCACAGAGUACAACAUAUAAUGAAUCUCCUGUUAAAUUUUCAAACAUUUUUGUUUGAUCAAUCAGUUUUAUCCACCUAAGUAGUAUAUCGAAUACAAAUCACAUAAAAAACUUACAAAAUUAAAAUAUUUAUAAAUAGCACAAAAAUGAAUAAACUAUUUUAAAAAUUGUCCACGUCUAGAAAAGGUAAAUAUAAGUGUUCUGUGUUCCAAAUUUCAAAUCUCUACGAAUAUUUUAAACUGAAUUACAACAAAAAAACAAAAUUAAAAAUAAUAAAUUUCAUACAUUUUCCCGUUUUUCUCGUUUAUUAUAAAAACUCCUUAGAAAAUGAAAAACUGACUUCUUUAUUGCACCAUCCAGAUAAAAUUUCUUUUCAGAAAAAAGUGCUAUACUUGAAAAUCGGAACAAGAUUUCCUUGUCCCGCACAGAGUAUAAAAUUUGAUUAAAUGUUUUUUUUCCGUAUAAAAUUUUAAUAAUGGUAGCUUGAAAAUAUUAUAUUAUAAUUCACAAAAGUUAAUCGGUCAGUUAAUAUCAGUUUUAAUACAAAAAUAUUAAUUUUGAACUGAAUAAAUGAAACAAUAGUGUUCAUAUCUAAUAUAUAUUAUAUAGAUUUUUAUAUACUUUUUUACAGUAUUAUAUUUAUUUAUUUACAAAGUUCAAACGGAAUUAAUUAAAUUAAAUUAAAAUAAUUUAUACAAUUUAAACCAUUCAUUAGAUAUUCUGGUCACUGAAAUUUAUAUCCGUUACUGCAGACCACUGCGUACCAGUAUACCUAUUGUUUUGAGAAAUGAAUACUCCGAUUUAAAUUUACGUUUUUUUUUUUUUGUGUGUGCAUAUCUUGAUUAUACUUAUAGAUUUACGAGAGUACAAUAGAAUACGUGUGGUAUCUCAUAUUUUAUAAUAAUUUACUAGAACCUAUGUGAGUGUUAUAAUAUCAUCGAUGCGUAGGUAUAUGAAAAGUUUUAGUUCGUAUCUUAUGAACUAAAAUCAACCGAGGAGCCGACGACUCUAAUAUAAUAACCCAUACAUACUAUAUCAUAGCAAUUUCCGUUAGAUUCAAUAAAAACGACCUCAGUACAAUAAUAUAUAUUAUUAUAUGUGCAUAUAUAGGAUACACCCUAAUAUUGAUUGAUGUAUUUUUACUCUUAUAAAAUAAUACUCCGUAUGAACGUGUGUGAUGUGUAGGUAUAUAAUAGUAUUCAAUUAUAUAUCAACUAAGGUAUACAGGCCAUCAUAAUAAUAUAAUACACUAUGUACUAUUAAUAUUGUUACACGGAUAUUUGAAAAACAAUAUUCAUUUACCAAAUUGAUUUUACACGAUACAUAUAAGCAUUGGCAAAUAUUUUAUAUUAGGUGUAUAUUGUUUGCAGUGUUUUGUACAAAAAUACAUUUUAAAAUAUCUAGACAAAAAUAAGAGAUACUAUUACUAGAAUCUAGAUGAAGGUAUAAAAGAUACAUAACAAUUGAAUUAUCUUGAUAAAGAUAAAUAAUCAGCAACUUUUUAUCUAGGUAAACAAAAAGAUAAUUGUGUUCAAUUCAGAUAAUUCUAUACCUAUUGGAAAAUUGAGUGCUAAAAGUAUUAGUAUGUUAAAGUGUACCACACAUUUAUAGAUUUAAAAAAAAAAUUUGUGAUUGACGGAACGUGAUAAUUAAUUUAUGAAACCAUAUUAUUAUAAAUGAAAUAUUUUUACUUAUUGUUUCUAAUAAAUAAUGGCGAUUGAUUUAAAAAAAAAAAAAAAAUUCAUCUGGAUAAUUAAUUUAUCUAUAUUUAUCUCUGAUAACUUAUUUAUCAUUUUAUCUAAAUAUAAAACACAACACUGAUUAUUUGUAUUUUGAAACUAUAUAAAAAUAGUGGCAAAUUUUACCGCGUGCCGUAACUGUGUAAUAUAUUUUAAUUUUUAACCGAGCAUUGCGUGCGAAUACGCACUACGCGCGGUGUAUUUACGCAAGCGCAUUUUGUUAUAUAGGGAGAAAAAACCAUCACUUUAUCGUCUGGAAGAACUUUGCCCACGGAUGCUGUGCACAGCAUCCGCCCAAAUAACAGAUCGAUCACGUUCAAACGUAUUCAGCUGCAGCGUAUACAACCGUUUUGGUGCGGUUUUUUUUCCUUUAGCGUUGUUAUAAUAAUAAUUUGUAUAACAAUUAUAAUAUUAUAUUCGUAUUGCAAACAAAUUAUCUUUUAUGAAAUAAGUUAAAUAUAAUUAAAUGUUAUAUAUGUAUUGGUAAUAUAGUUGAAUAGGUAAUAAUAAACUGUUUUGGGUACAACAUGAUUAUACUUCUUUUUCAAAUAUAAUAAAUACCUAUAACCAAUAAACGCUUUAGGCUACGUUUCAGUCAGGCAUCUAUAUAUUUAUCUAUUUUGUAUAAAUUAUAAUAUUUUAAAUACAGAUUGGUACCUACCACGUUAGUGAAGUUAUACCUGCACCACGUUGGCCGAUCGACAUCAAACUAACGUCAAUAUUUUGCAAAUUUAUUUGAAGACGAUCGGUCAACUUGGUGGGGCUAAAUCCACCAGUACCUAACCAAAUACUAUAUAAGAUAAAUUUCAGAUACUGAUAUUAUUAUAUUAUAAUACCGAAGAACAAGAAAUACGAAAUAAAGAAAACAAAAGUACAAUAUUAAAUGAUUAAUGAUUUCGAAUUAGUCACCAUAUAUUAUAAUAUUAUAUAGUCACUACCUAUACUUAACACAACUAAAUUAUAACGUUUCGACAUUCUGUAAAUACUUAUUUCGUGUUAUUGCCCCACGUUUAUAAAUAUCACGAAUAACAUUAUGUAGGUACAUCUACUACGGGAAAUUACUAACGGUUGACUCACAGACUCAUUUCUCCUCCCUCAGAGUGUAUACCUAUGCCCAUUGUUCCUCAGUAAAAUUUGAAAGUCAAAUUGCUACACGGACGUUGUCGUAGGUAAUUAUUAUUAUUUAAAUAUACGGAGACGACGAUUUUUUGUCUGUAAAAUCGUUCUAAGAACAAUAAACCGAGUGAUUACACGAAGCGCGGUCGAGCAUAACAUAUUAUUUACAAUUACAAUAAUAAUACAAAUGUCGAAGAUAGUAUGCCUAUUGCCUAUGUGCUAUAUGUACAAGAAAGCAGUUUUCGACUCAGAGGUUUGAACUUUUUUAUUAUUUUUGUAAAUUAUCGUAAUAAUGUUAAAAAUGAUUCAUAUAAAUUAAUGCAAUAAUAAUGUAUAGGUUAUAUUGAUAAAAAUGAUAGUAUGUAAGACGUAUGUAUUCAUUUUUUACGUACAUACCUAUUUUAUAUUAAUUCACAUUAAUGAAACAUAUUAUUAAAAGAAAUGAUAAGAUGUAGAAAUGUACGAGGUGCGGCUAUUAAAUAACGAGACUGUCCCCCUAGAGGGCGCUCUAGAUGGGUAGUAAAAAAAACGAGUAAUGCGUUGGGUAUCUAGAUAUCUUAUCUAUGGACGUACCAAAACACGUUUUCGUCACUAUUAUAGUAUUUGUGCAGUAGUGAUUUGAAACGAACGUGUUUUUUUCUCGUGCCGAAAACCGUGUGUGACGAAAAACAUGAGCAACGGAUAAACGUAAAAUUUUCUCGUUAAACUAAAAAAAACUCCAACUGAGUACUAUAAGUUGUUAAAAGAGGCCUAUAAUGAGGAUUUCCUAUCUCGGGCGCGUGUUUUUGAGUGGCAUAAAUUAUUUUCUGAAGGUCGAGAGUGCACCGGAAUCCAAUUCAGUCAUAAUCCAAAUUCAAAACCGNCAUUACUAUUUGACAGUUUUGGCAAUAUUGCGCGAAUGAGUUCGUAAGAAACGGUCGAUAUUGUGGAAAAACAAGUCGUGGAUCUUGCAUCAGGAUAAAGCGUGAAGUGUUAUUUGGCCGCUUAAGGCACUCCAGUACUCGAACACGCGUCUUACUCACCCGACUUGGCACCCUGCGACUUUUACUUGUUUCCGAAGAUAAAGUCUGCCUUAAAAGGAAUCCGGUUUGAGUCGAUGGAAGAGGUGAAACAAAAAUCGGCGAAACUCCUGAAUGGUCAUACGAAAACAGACUUCCAGCACUGCCUCGAGCAAUGGAAGAAACGAAUGAAACGGUGUGUGGCGAGGGGGGAGGGGAGUAUAUUGAAGGGGAGCAUUUGAAUGUAGAAUAACUUUUAUAAUAAAACACUUUUCGUAACCAGUCUCAUUAUUUAAUAGCCACACCUCGUAUUUAUGUUGCUUCAUUCAACACUUUAUGAAUUAUUUUAAAUAGAAAUAAAUAAUUGUUUUAAUAACAAUUCUGAUCAAAUAUCAAUUUAUUACGAAGCAGGGUAUGACCAUGACCGUGAUUUGCGGUCAUAUAUAAAUCAGUUUGUACUCAAGUUGUACCUAUAUAAUAUAUAGAAUGAUAUGAUAACGUUGGUUAGCCGUAGUCUUGAUAAUACAUUUUAAUACUACCAUAUCAGUAACAGCAACAUCGAUUAAUGAGUCAAUAAAAUGUAUGUUCAAAUAUUUUAUAGUUCAUGGUAGUUUAGUUUAGUUUCCAACUAAUUAGGUAUGUUUCCAGUUGGAGUAAAGUUCAUAAUAAUCACGAAUAAUGAACGAGAAUAAAUGGAAAAACAACGAUUCGAUUAAAUCAUUGCUAACGAAACGAUUAGAUCAAUUCUAAAUUCUAAAAGAUAAACAAACGGUUUAAUCCUCUGAAUAUUGUGUAUUAUUUUGUAAUUAUUUCGCCCCUCCCCCCUCAUAGCUAAGGUCCGGAGUCACCCCUGCUAUACCUAAAGUGUUAGAUAUUUUUACAUUUUUAAAUGUCCAUGGUAAAUAAAUAAAUAGAUAAAAAAAAUGUACAUCAGUAAUUUCGCAUUAAAACAUCAAAUUUGUCAUCCCGAAUAUUUUAAUUUUUAUCGAAUAUUUAUAAAAGCUUGAAAUUAAUUUAUAGAUGCAAAAAUACUUUACAGUACAUACAAUUAUUAUAAUGAUAUUUCGAUGUAAUUAAGAAACUAUUCACACAUGGCUAACUUUCUCCGUUAUGAAUCUAAAUAAAUAUUUAAAAUUAAAUAAAUAUAUCACUCAACAGUUUUCCUAUUCAUAUUAUUUAUGUGUAAUAAUAUUUUUCGGCAUGUAGAGUAGGUGCCUAAUUUGUUUAAUAAAUAAUCAGAAAAUAGAAACAUAACUCAAAUAUUAUAAUACAAACAAAUAAUGUUACUCGCGGUAUACUUACAACAAACAUUAAUUUGCCCAUAUGGAUGCUUAUUGCCUAUAUUAUAAAUAAUUAAUAAUAUUACUGAUCCUGGUUGUAAGUAAAUUGUAUAUAUCAAAAUAACCAGUUAAUUAUAUAUAACAAUAUUGUAAUAUUUUAUUAUAUUACCAGAUUACCUAUACUCUGCGUAAUAAUUAUUACACACAUUUUGUUGUAGGUAGUUAUAGUUUCAUAACUAUUAUCUUAUAUUACAAUCUCGACAUAAGUACAUAUUAUAUAUGCUGAUAUGCAUUAAUAUUAUAUUUUCCGGUCUUCGAUGUAUUUUACCUUUGUGUUUUUCAAUUUUUUUUUUAUUUGGAGCGAUUCAAUCUGCAGAAAUAAUGUUUUGAUUUUGUGGCAGCAAUGCCUGCGAAUGAAAUAAUAUUCUUGCUGACGGUUUUCUUUCCUUUUACAUUGGCGCUUAUGUUCCGUGACAGAUGUUGUGGUGCGCUUUGCAGCUGCCGCUCUACUCAAAUGGUGACCCACACGUAUACCUACAUACACGUUUCGUCUGGGGUAUAAUACUACACUUUAUAUAGUAUGUGUACGAGCACGAUGAGUGCCGUCUGUAUAACCAGGUGUUUUUUUUUUUCGGCACAUGCUCGUCGCCGAUAAGUGUAGUAAUAUUUUAUUAUUUAGAAAAUCUGGCUGUGGACCAUGUGUAAAUCAAAAUGAUUAGUAUACGUACGAUACCUGAAUCCCGGAAUAAAAAUCUUCCAAAGGCGAAAGACGGGAAAGAAAAUCUCCGGCAAUAUUAUACCAAACUUUGCAGUUAUUAUAUUGAUACGAAUAAUAAUAUAUUUAAAUAACUUGCUAAUGCGAGUAGGUGUAUAGGGUAUUUGAGCAAAUACCAACUUUAUUUUAUUUUAUACGAUAUGUUUUAAACAUUUUUUUUUUUUUUUAACUGAUACAUUAGAGAAUGUCGAGAUUUGAGGGUUGUGUAAAUUUAAUUUUACUAUAGGUAUCAACAUUGUAGUUAAAACAACGACUUUGUUACGUAUACUAAAAGAUUACCUAUACGGGCUAUACGUAACACUUGCAGUAAAAGCGUUAAAUAUGCCUAUUUCUGGUAUAGCUGUAUGCGAACAUGACUUGGCAGUGAUAAUGUUUGUUUGUAUGUAUGUGUGCAAUGUACAAACGAACGUGUGUGAGUGCAUGUGUGGACAUUGUCACCGUGGGAACAUCGACACAUUGCGGUUAAUGCCGAAUGCGUUGUCGUUUUAAUUUUAUUCUUCUUCAUUACGCUUUAUAAUUCGUCAUUUAGCUCGUUUAGCUAACGAUAAUAUCACAUCAAACACACAGCAAAUCACAUUUACUGUAAACAGGUACACGAUAAGUAUACAAUAGUGUGCUGCUGCAAAUUAAUUAAUAUUAACUAUCGUUAAAAUUAAUUGCACUUAUCAGAAUAAAUUAAUAAUAUUAACGAGAUAUUAUAUACGCUUAUUACUAUAAAUGUAUAAUAUUAUUAAUAUAAAAGUAGUAGAAACAAUAAACAGUGGCGUGUAAACGAAUUUUUCAUGGUAGGUGGGGAAAUUUAAAUUUUUUUAAACGAUUUUUUAUGAAGGUUAAGUUCCAAUAGCGUAAUAAUAUAAUGUUUCAAGUACCUAAUACGUAUUGCCUUUUACUCAAAUGUCAUUUUGCUUUUAGUGUUAAAAUAUUAAUUUAAAUUAUUAAAUUAUUAAAAUGUUCCAAUUUUUUUUUUUUUUUUAUGUAACACUAGUAUACGAUUUCGUAAUUAAUAACAAAAUAUACUGCGAAAAUACUCAAAUAAAAUAUUUUAUCGAACAAUCUUAAUACAGAUUAAUAUUAGCUACUAGUUGACUACUAUUUAAAAACUCUGUCCUCCAUUACACCGUGUUGCAUGUCGUGCAUAUACAAUAAGUCGGUAGAUAUGUUUACCCACACGAUAGUUGUCAAGUGUAUUAUAUGAGUCGCAACUCUACCCAAGAGGUGUUGGUAUAACUGAAAUCAAUUUUAAUUGCAGUUUAAAUAUAUUAAUAAUUUUAAUCAAUAUUAUACCUUUAUAAUAUUGAUUUUGUAGUAAUAUUUUAAAACAAUUUUCGUUGUGUCCAGUAAUAAUUUUAAUAACGAUUACAUAUCUUAACAAACUUAUACGCGUUUAUACCUAAUAUUAUUGUAUUAAAGAUGUUCAUUCAUAAAAAAAAAAAAUUGCUUUACGUUCACUUGCCUUUCUAUUAGUCACGUUUUAUAUUUGUAACCUUGAAAAUAACUAGGUACUGAAAUGCCCACAUAACAUUAAAAUAUAUCUUACAGAUUAAUUAAAUGAUAUAUUUAAUUUAAUUUUUAAUCUUGCAUCAUAUGCGUGGAGUAUACGUAAAUGUGUAACUUACACAUUUACGAUUUUAACGAUGAUUUUAAUUAACAAAAAUUCGUUUCAAUAUUAAUUUGUAACAAAUGAUAUAGUAUACAUUAUAUAGUCCUUUUCCUUAAAUUUUUCGUGCCUAUAAAUAGUAAUAUAUAUAAUUAUAUAAUCAUUGGUUUUCGAGUAAACAUUAUGUACAACAAUUUUUAUAAAUACACAAAUAUGUAUUAUUUAGGGUUCUACAGGUUACUUAUAUAAUUUUAUAGUGCUACAUAUAAUAUUUUGAUUUUAUUAAAACUAUGUUUACCUACAUAAAACGCAACCAAAAAAACUAUUAUUUAUUCAGAAUUCGAAUGUAAAAUUAUUACAAGUUGUUUAACAAAAUAUAAAACUUUAAAUAUUUUAUUUCCUAAGCAUAAUUUAAUAGCUUAAGAAUAAUUAUAUCUCAUAAAUUUCGUUACUAUUGAUGCUAUUUUGUUUUAAAUGGUUUGUUUAUAUUAAUUCACUUAUUAAUAAUUAAUUGCUGAUAUAUUUUUUUUAUAUCUUGUUCUUAGUACGUGGUACUCGUACUGGAAAUCGGAAUAAUAUAAUUAGGUACUUAAGUAGUUUAAUAAAUUCGUUAUGAUGAAACAACUAUUAGUGUAACAUUUUUUCAUAAUAGGUAUACUUUAAUGUAAUAAUUUAUUGUGUAUAAUGUACACAAUUAAUUUGUAUUAAUACAAAUUAUGGUGAAAAUGAAAACAGUUAGUAAAAUUAUUAAAAUUGAUCAAUUAAAUAUUAUGUAUCGAUUAUACUAAACCAAAGUUAAAUACAAUAUUACCUCUUAUUAUUUAUUAGAAUACAAGCUAUUCAAAUGUAUGACAUAAUAGAGGGGGAGGGGUUAAAAUCUUAAAUGUUAAAUUGCUUUUAAUUGUAAUGCAACUCAUUUUUAUUUUUAACAGACAUCUUAUCCCGGAAUUUGUAUAAUACCAUCAUCUACCUACUACUAUAGUUUAUUUAUAGAAAAUUCCUUUUUCAUUUGUCCAUUACAGUAUUAGAUGCUUACUCGUAUUUAGAUUAUUUUUGUUUGCGUUGCUUCGUUUGUUGUUCCUCUAUGUCAAGCAGUGACUUGUGAUAGAGGGUUGAAAGUGUGUGCGGAUCACGUUUAACAGAAUUUAUUUAACAUGAUUUAUUAACCUGUUUAUCUGAAUCUCGGUGAAGUUGUAUUAUUAUGUCCCAGAGAUGCCCAAAACGUGAAUUUUGUAUAGAUGCUUUUAGUUACUGCAGUGUGGAUUUGGUGAGAGUACUCUUUGACAGAGAAAGUUUGGUCGAUUUAAAAAAUACGCAUAGAUACGUAUAUUAGAUAAUGCGUAGGUAUAGAUAAUACUAAUAUAUGUAUUGUUACUCGAUUAAAUAUUAUAUCAUUUUUUUUUUUUACCGUGUAGACGCAUGGUUCAUUUGUAUUUAAACCACGUGCUAUUUUCAUCAGUCCUUAUGUCUCAUACUGAGAACAUGUGUGUGUUUGAAAUAAUAAUUUAACUCAGUAUUAUGUACUUUAUUGUAUGUGUGUAUAACGGUUAUAAAUUUUUUUUUUAUUUUUUGAUUUUUUUUUUUUACGUUAAGAUUUCUUGCUAUUAAUAUUAUUUUUAUUGAACAAAAAUAUUCGGCGAGUAUACUCUGUAGUUCUAUAUUUUAAUUUUUUACCAAUGGCGGUUCGCCAGAUGAGCCGAGAGUGAGGCGAAGAUUCAUCUAGAUACAAUUUUCUCUACUUCUAAAAUCUUAAAACGAACAUCGUUUGAAAUAUUUGAUUGAUCGUGUUUUCAGACAAAUACGUAUACUCGUAUACCUACUGAAUAUUUUUAAGUUUUUUAAAUAUAAUUAUCUAUAAAAAUUAAGUAUCUACUAAUAAUUGAAGGUUAUAGGACACUUUGCACGGUCACAUAGAAAAAUUAAAAAGCGCGGAAUGUUUGUACUAUUUGAAAUAGUAACAAUAUGGUAGAUAGUUUAUAGUAUUUUAGAUGAUAAUAAAAUAUGCACGGCGGACAGUGAUCACGGGCUUCAAUUUCAGGCAACAAAUAGUCUGUUAUCAUAUCGCGAUAGUGAGCGCCAUUCACAGUUACGUUCUGCUCGGCCUCAUUUUUAAAGAAAUAUGGACCGAUGAUUCCACCAGCCCAUAAACCACACCAAACGGUUGUUUUGUUUAGAUGUAAUGGUAGCUCUUGAACCUCUUCGGGUUGCUCCUCAGCCCAAGUACGGUAAUUUUGCUUAUUGACGUAACCAUUAAGCCAAAAAUGAGCCUCAUCGCUGAAAAAAUGUUGGUCGAAAACAGUGAAUUUUCCUCAAUCUUUUCAAGAACCCAUUCACUAAAACGGUGACGAUUCGGAAGGUCGGCCGGCUUUAAUUCUUUGACGAGUUGAAUUUUGUAUUUAAACAAAGGUAUGGUAAGGUCUUUUAAACCAAGGUAAAAUACGCUAAGUUGUUGCAUACCACAAGCCAAGCUGUUAAGAACGGCGCCGAAUCGAUUCAUCACGGUCAUCGCGUACACUUCGCGUACCAGCUACCGCCGCUAUAUUUUCUUCACUACGUAUUGGAUGCGGCCUAUUUGGUCAUGUGUUAUCUAAUAAUGAAAAUUGGUUUUGAAAUUGUACAAUUGUAUAGCGAAUUGUAUGUUCGGUAGGCCGAUCAUGCGGACCAUAAGUUUCUCUAAGCUUACGAAAAACAGUUCUCGUAGAAUGCUGAUUUUCGUAAUAAAGUUGAAUAAUUUGUAGACGUUGUCUUCAGCAUCGUAUUUUUAUUUUGCCUAUUUCUGUUUUAAAUUCUAAAUAGAGUGAAAAAGAUUAUGGUUUUACAAAGAUGUUUGUAAUGUUUAUUGUUUUUUUCCUGUAGACAACAUUUCUACCAGAGGACUUGCUUUGAUUUUUACGUGUAGUACCUUUUCUAAAAGGAAAUUUGACUGGGGAGGUACUUUAGAAAUUUAAUUUUUCGAUUUUCUCAGUUUUCCCAGCAAAUGUGAAAAACCGGAAAAAAACAUGGGAAAAUCGGGAAAAUUGGUACAACAUUAAACAAAUAUUAUUAAAGAAAACAUAUAAAGCCUAUUUAAUCAUUUUACUAUAAUAUGUCAUAUAUAUUUUGACAAAGCAUCAUUAUCACCUAAACUCCGCUCAGAAUCGUUUUUAAUAAGUAAUUGUUUAUCGUUGUUUAUAGGUAUACAUUAAAUUACCUAUAACAGUGACUGCGCCCGUACUUAUUAUCCUAGGAUGUCUUUUUUUAGUUGGGUAUCUGAAUGUGUUCAGCUUCAAUAUUUUGUCAUCUUUUGCAACAUGACUUACAUUUUGUAAAUAUUUCAUAUUAGGGCAUAUAGGUACCAUACAUAUAAGUAAGUAUAUACGCAGGGGUAUGUUGUAUAAACUUAACAAUAUUUAAAAAAUAUAUUUUGGUAAAUAUUUAACAAUAUUAGUUAUAACUUAUCGGUUUUUAGUUAUUUUACCAAAACAAUAAGCCAUAAAAAAAAAAAAAAUUAUAUUAACAUCUCCCCUUGUAAUUUUCAAAAUAUUCAUUUCACCAGAUAUUACAAUAAGAUUCACGAGUCGCCACUGUAUUUAUUAAAUGUCACUUCAGUUAAGUUAGAAUUUAAUUAGCAAAUUAAAUAUAUUAAUUUGUAUUUAAAAUUUUGUAAACUUUUAUCAACAAACACUCAAGUUAUGUUUUGUUUGCAUGUUGACAUCUAAUAAUAAUUACAAUAUAUGCAACAAUCGGUUAGGUUAGCUACCUACUUAGUGUAUAUUUGAACUAUGUAACGGGACUCAUUUUUAAUUAUUUGAAUUGAUUUUAGGUGUACGUGUAAUACAUAAUUAUGAUUUUAUAAUAGUUACUGUAAGUAACUAAGUUCUUUAUACGAAUAAUCAUAAUUUCAAGAUUGAAUAAAAUUUAUUUGAAAUAAGAAAUAUUUUUGUGUUAUACCUUGAUUAAAUUAUUUUAAAAUUGAUAACGGUUUAAAUUUUGACUUCCUCUUUAUGAAUUCAUCUUAAUAACUUCACAAUAAAAUAAAAUACGCAAUGUAUAAAUGAUAUAAAAAGAUUCUAUUGUACUGACUAUUAAAUGUUUGUUGUUAUUUCUUGUCAGACAUUUGUAACUUAAUAUUUAAUAACACAUCAUAAUAUAACACUCGAAAAAAAAAUAAAAGUAAUAAACUCGAAUAACAAAAUGUAUUGUUAAAACGACAGUCACAGUAGCAUUUGCCGUUUAACUAGCGAUAUAACGAAAAUGCGUUUUCGGAGUUCAAUGGUAGAUACUCUGGUAAUAAAUGUUUAAUAGACUUAUAAAAAAAAUUAUAUCACCAAUUUAAAGAUGACAAUACAUUUAUUAUGCUUUCAUAGGGGUAUUUUACAAUAUCCAAUUUUAAUUUGUGUAAAUUUAGUGUCACCGAACCUUUUUUAAACCACUAGGGUAAAUCCUGUUUGAGAAUAACACCUACUCACCUACCCGGAUUCAAGAGGUAAAGUAUACGAAAUAUAUAUGUAUUAGUUGAAAAACAUUUUGGCCCUUUUUUCCUGUGAACAACUUUUUUAUAAGCAAUUUUGCUUGAAUUUACAAUGAUAGAACUUUUUCUAAAGGAAAUCUAGCCGAAAAGGUAGUUUAAGGAAGUCAUUUUUCGAUUUUCUUAGGAGUUUUCUCAUUAAACAUGAAAAACCGAAAAAACGGGAAAAUUUACGAUUUAUAUUAUUAAAAUAUUACUAUUUUUUUUUAUGCGAACACUUUUUUGGAAAAACAUACUCCGAUGUAGUAUAUGAUGUAGGUAUUUUAGACCCUUUUCUGAAAUUAAAUUAUUUUGGGAUGAUACUUUAGGGAGAUCGUUUUUGAUUCUAUUAGUAGUUUCCUCAAUAAUUGGGAAAAACGGACAUAUAUUUACGGCGUAAAAAUGCUACGAUUUUAUUUUUUUAUAAUUUAUGAUCUCUACUAGAAAUUUGCAUUAUUAAAAAAAUGACGAAAGACCUUUUUUGUUGCAUUUUGGAUUUAGUUGCUUACGGAGAAAGUCGUUUUUUGAUUUUAUAACGUACUAUUGUCCUUUUUGUAUUUAGUCACUAAAUAAACACAAAGUUCAUUUAUAUUAUUAUUUUCUGUUUUAUCUGUUUAAUAAUUAUUAUUUUUGUUCGUGUAGGAAUUUUUGUACUGGUAUAUUUUUUUUCGUGUCGGAACUUACACAUGAAUUCGCUUAUCUGCUAUGUUUCGUGUGGAUACAUAUUGAGCCCUCUAACAUAGGCUGACGUGGAAUCAUUUAUAUCUAUAGCUGUGGUAAGGAUACAUAGGUAGUGCAUAUUAGAAGUUAGUCUAAUGCAUACCAUAGUGCGAACUGGCAUACUACAUUGAGAAAUCUCCCGGCCCAGAAAUACUGAGUCUUGUUGGCUGUAUACUAUUCAGUGCUAACACUAUAUUAUAAAAUAAAAACAGUCACCAACGGGACACGACUCAUUAACCCACCCACCUAAAAGUUCUGGGGUAUUUUACCCCACUUAACAUACCUAUUCAACGACAAUGUCUGUGAUGUCUGCUAUUCGUAAUUGAAAAUUUAAAAAACAAUAAAUACAUUUUUUUAUUCUUAAUAUAAAAAUUAAAAUAUAAUUAAAAAAUCCCCCGCUAUGUGAAAACAUAGUAAAUGUUGUCGUUUUUAAUUUAGUGAAAAUUUUUUUUUUUUAUUUUUUAAGUUUUUGAAGCUAGACCGUUGGAAUUCCGAAAAUACAUUUUUGCUUUAUUUCCCUCAAAUAUUACAGUAACGUGAAGUUAUAUAAAAUAAUUUGUAAUUUGUUUAUUUAUUUUACUAGGUAUAAGUCUGCAGACAAUUCGAUUUUUCGGUGAUUUAAUUAUAAUUGGAAAAAAAGAGAAAAUAGGUUUUUAAAUUUUAUUUAUGUAAAACUAUUGAUAUAUUUUUAUUAAAAUUGUAGUUAUAGGUAUCGUAUUUAAUUUAAAUUAAAUUUUAAACCAAAUGUGUUAAGUUUUAAAUUUUUUCGGUCAGUUAAUACAAAAUAUUAAGAUUAGGUCAUAAUAUUUAUGUAAGUUGUAUAAUAUAGAAAAUAUAAAAUUUAAAGAUAGAAAACUCUUACGUAUUGUUCCCUCAUUUAUUAGUUUAUAGAAUAAUUUUUGCAAUACGUCAUUAUAAUUUAGAUAUAUGAACAAAUAAGUUAAUUAAUAAACAAAAUAAUUUCUAAUAUGUAUUUUCAUAUUUCAUAUGUUAUUAUAGUAUUCUGUGAAGAUGAUACGACCAUGGGCCCGAUGUUCAUUAAAGAGCCGGAAAACCGAGUGGAUUUUUCAAAUACUACUGGAGCGAUUGUUGAAUGUACUGCGAGAGGAAGUCCCAGACCUGAAAUAAUUUGGAUACGAGCUGACGGCAGUGCUGUUGGUGAUGUACCUGGAUUACGACAAGUAUAUGAUUUUUAAUAUAAACCCAUUAAAGAAAAUAAUAAUAAAUUAAAAUCAAAAGAUUUACAAGAUGCUUUACUAACAUUUGAAUAUUUUAAUACUUACAGUGGAUGUACAAUUAUUAUAUACUAUUUUUAUUUGGUUUUAUGUGGAUAAAUUUGUGUUGGCCUAUUAGAAAUGAUUGAAAAUUUAAGACGAACUUCAUAAUACAUUAUAUUUGAUGGAAAGAGUUGUGCUUGGCUCAAACUGAACUUGACUCGGGAGUUAAAAUUCAGUUUCGCCAGCAAUAAUGUUUCGUUGCGUAAAAAUUUAAAUUAAAUAAUUUAAUACAUCCUACCUACCUAACUUCUCACCUACAACAAUGAUACGCCUAUCAGUAGUAUCAGCUCUUUUUAAAUUAUACUUGUGUAUUUUGAAAAACACACUACAAUAAAAAUAUAUUAAUUUACAAUUUUAUUUAGUUUCACCAAAAUUAAAUUCCAAAAAAAAAUAUUUGGUGAAGGGAUGUGCACAUUCAGCGCUUAUGAUCCAUUCCUACGUAGUCGGUGGUGUAUUUUCCAAUUUACAAAAUAAGUACUUGAUUACUUGCUUAUACCGCUAUAUUUGUAAAAGGGUGGUAAAUUUGCAUUCCAGUAAUUUUUUUUUUUUUCUAUACAUUUGUGUUAAUGUUGAGACAUUUACAAAAAUGCAUAUCAGUCAUUAAAUACAUAUAUCAGUUAACUAUAAGAUAAUUUACUUUACAUAAAUAGGUCCAAACGAAAAACGAUUCUGAGGGGAAUUUGGUUGAACUCUUUUUAAUAAAUUUAAAUUUAAAUUUGUAUUAAUUCGUAACUACAGAAUAAAUUACUGAAAUAAUUAUUCGUGUUUGAACUAAUUUUAUCAUAAUUUUGACCUUAAUUAUUUAUUUUUUGUAAAUAUAUUUUACAAUUUAUUAUUAUUUAUAAAAAAUGAUUGUUAUUUUAAUUAUUAUUGUCAUCAUUAUGCUAAUCUAUGGUUUUUAUAGGUUAAAGGAGAUGGAAAUUUAGUUUUCCCACCUUUUCGAGCAGAAGAUUAUAGACAAGAAGUUCAUGCUCAAGUUUAUAUCUGUAUGGCAAAAAAUCGUGUUGGUGUAAUACAUUCUAGGGAUGUAAACGUUCGAGCUGGUAUGUUUAACUGAAUUCUAUUCAAUUACUAAAUGAUAAAAUAUUUGUAUUAUAUAUAUAUAUAUAUAUAUAUAUAAUUUAGACCGGUUAGAUUGAUUUUCAGUUAAAAGGGUAGGUAUAGGUAAAUUUAUAUAUAAAUAGUAUGUAGACCUACAUAAUAUAAUAACGGCCAGUCUUAGGAUUUCUCACCUAGACUAUAAGAGUUUGGGUAACAGCGUAAUUAUGUAAAUUACUCGAGAUAAUAUUAUAUUAUUCCCUCAUUUUCUACUUCAAAUUUAUACAUUCAGGAAGCCAAUUUUAAUUUUAAAAUAUAUUUUGAAUUUAAGUAUUCCUAAAAUUAUUAUAAUAUGACUUAUUCUUUGUCAACAGUCCUACAAAUGUGGUUAGUUAUUAUUUUAAUUUGUAAUUUGUUUGUAUACAAUACAUUUGUAAGGAAAACGUUUCAUUCGAAAAUACAAAAGUCGCUUUUAGUUAAUUUACCAAUGAUUACAAUUCUGCUUUUUAAAUUAAUAUUAGAAAAUCCUAUUAAGCGUAGCAAUAGAAUUCGUAUAUAUUUGUUUUAAACGUAUAAAUAUUUCCGCGGUCCAUAUAGAAUAUCUUUGUGGAAUAUUCAUUAUUUUGUUAAAACUAACACGUGGUACGCAGGAUAUGAAUGCCAACCUCGCUAGUCUACAGUAUCUGACUUUGUAUAUUACAUUAUUAAUGUUGAAUAUUAAAUUGAUAAGAUAAAGUGAACAAAUAUUAAAUUUGCUGAGGAUCAUUUAAAUUAAAAUUAAUUAUAUUCUAAACUGUUUAAAUUAUUAUAUUAGGUAAAAUAAAAAAUUAUUUUAAUUUGUAAUAACUACCUACAUACCUAUGUAUAAAUCUCUUAAAAAAAUAUAUAAAAUAUAAAAAAAGUAAUGUCAUGUAAGUAUACAAUACACAUAGGGUUUACAAGACAUAUUACACAAGAGUUCUAUUGUUAAUUUUUUUUUAGGUAAUUUUUUAUUAAUUUAUUUGAUAUUUUGGCUUUCGACCCUUCACACCAAAAAACAUAGGCUGUGGUUGAUAUCCUACUGUUUUACGUACCUAUUUCGGAGGUGUUAUGUUAUACUGAUUUAUUUUGGUAACAUUUAUAAUUAUUUUUUGUCAUUAUACGAAACUUGUUUUGUUUUUAAACGUUUUUAUUUGAUAUAAAAUUAAUUUUUAAUAUCUGAACAAAAGUGAAUAAUAUUAAUUCUUGAUAAUUAUGACUGAAAAUCAUAAUCUAUGUACUUUAUACAUAUAUAUAUAUAUAUAUAUAUAAUACAAAUAAUUAUAUAAUUUAAACAUUUUUCAUAUAGGUACUUUAAUUAAAUGUAUACGAAAUAACUAAUAAGAAUAUUAAUUCAAUGUAAUUUUCUUCAAAAAAAAUAAUUUUAACUUAAUUGCAUUUGCAUUUAAAAUUCUCAAGUUUAUAUUGUUUUAAUAAGAACUGGUAUUAAAAGUCAUAAAUAUUUAUUUCAGUAUUUUUAAAGGUGAAUUAAGUGUGUUAGGCCAGUAAAUAAAUACUAGUAUAAUAAUAUAUUUUAUUAAAAUUAAUUAUUAAUUAUUUUUUUGUUUUCUGGAAUUGGGAACAUUCCCAAACUUAUUCACUAAAUUAUUUUCGACUCACGUUCAAUGUUCUUAUAAAGUAAACAUAUCAAAUAUUAUAUGAAAACAGAUAUAGGUAAUAACUAUAUACAAUAUGCAAUUUUUAUAUUAUAAUAAAUAUUAUAUAUACAUUAAAUAUUUUGUAUAAAACCUAUAUAAAUACUUGCUUUUAUUAAAAGGGGAUUUAUUAUUUUUAAAACUCAUAUUUUAUAAAAUAUAUUUUAAAAUCCAUAAUGUUUAUGAUCGUUGUAUGUAUACCUAAUCAGAAAUUAUAGAUACAACAAAUAAUAAGCAUUGUUAUAUAAAGUUUAAUCAAUUAUUUAUAUUUUACAAAUACAAAUUUAGUGCCAGUUCUUAAAAAUUAUAAUUAAUGAUAUUUAUGUUGCAUAUAUUAUAUUGUUGUGUAGAGUAAUAUUUAACAGUAUUUGUCGUGUUUGUAAAAACAGAAAAUGUUCUAUUAAACGUUACAAUACUUAAAUUAUAAAUUUCAACAUUAACUUAAAAUUAUACUAAAACCCUGUAAUUAUCCUAUAUUACUAAUAUGUAUUUUUUAUUACAGCUGAUUUUGUUAAUUUUAUAUAUUCUUUGAAUAAAUACUAUUUCAAAAAAAUAAAAAUGUGUAUAUUAUACACAUAUUAUAACGUCUGAUAUAUUAUUCUUAGUUGUUGCACAAAGUUACGAAAUCGACGUAAUUAAAGAAUUCGCUAUUAGAGGCAAUUCAGCGAUAAUGAAAUGUCAAGUACCUUCGUAUGUAUCUGAUUUUGUACACGUUAUAUCAUGGAUUACUGAAGAUUCUGAAUACCUUUUAGGAUCUGUUUAUGGUAUAGGACGAUUAGCGUAUUUAUAAUUUGAAGUUCGAAUGUCAUUUAUAUUAUUAUUCCUAGAUGAUUCUUGUCCAACUUUUUGUAAAGUGUAGCCGGUUUAUAUUAACGGUCAAAAAUAUUUUUUUGUGAGCUGCCCUAGAUUAUAAAAUGAUUAUUUGCGACACAAUGAUAAUAGUACUCCACAUAUGUGUCAAGUAUCCACAUUAAUAAAACAUGAACAGCCACUUUCAAAUCUCCUGCAGGUUUAUCUUGCAAGCACGUGCCUAUAUAGUAUAGUUUCCCGUCAUAUCAAAAAAUCGACAUAAAAUUUGAUAUCUAUCCUGUUUAUUUUAGUUGUCACACAGUUCUAUGACACAGAUGUCAAUAAAGUGUACGCGAUUCGCGGAAACUCGAUUAUAAUGAAAUGCGAGACUCCGUCAUAUAUAGCAGAUUUUUUAACAGUUAUAUCAUGGCAUACUGAUAAUGGAGAUGUAUAUUAUCCGGGUGAUAGCCAUGGUAUUAAAUUUUAUGAUGCCAAUUUAGUGAAUUUAAACUUUAAAACAUUAUUAUUACAAUAGUAUUUUAAUUGAAUGUGGUGUAAUAUUUCCUAUCUAGCCUUUCGUGUCUAAUAAUACCCAUUUUUUUUAACUAUUAAUUCUACUCUAACUUAUAAGCUUGUCAUUGUACUUGUUUUUAAGUUAUAUUUUUGUCUUUAAUCCGCUCCAGCUGUAAGUCAAUAUUAUGAAGUUGACGUAAACAAAGAACCCGUAAUAAAAGGUAAUUCAGUCGUAAUGAAAUGUGGUAUCCCGUCAUUCGUUGCUGAUUUUGUUACUGUAUUAUCUUGGAGUACUGAUAAGGGUGAAAACUUUUAUCCCGGAAUAGAUUAUGGUAUUUAAUAGUUACGCCUUUUGACCAUUUACCUAUUAUGUGUGAUAUAGAACAUGUCCUUAUGCAUUUUGUAUAAAUCUUAAUUUUCCUAAUCAAAUCGUUUCUGAUUUCAAAAUUAAUUUUUAAUUUUCUAUAAAUGUAUAGUCAUCCUAGAACCGUACAGAAGUGAAGUAAAUAACGAAUAUGUUAUACGGGGAAACGCAGUUGUAUUAAAAUGUAGCAUUCCACCGUUUAUCGCUGACUUUGUGACUGUGGUGUCUUGGCAAGAUAAUAUUGGAAAUAUAUAUCAAUCAUCUUUAAUUGAUGGGAAAACUGUGAACCCUCGUGGUAUUUUAAACAUAUUGAUUUUUACAUUUUGGUAUGAACGAAUGAGACAAUUAUGUACACAUCCUUUAUUUUACGUGUGACAAAAUUCUUUUUAUAUCCGUGGAUUAAUGGCUAGGUUUUUUUUUUUUUUAUGAAUAUUAAUAAAUGAGUUUAGUCAUCAGCGAACCGUAUAGAAGCGAUGUUAGUCCAGAAUACGCUAUCAAAGGAAACUCGGUACUAUUUAAAUGCAGUAUACCGCCAUUUGUAGCAGACUUUGUUAGUGUUGUUUCUUGGAUUGAUGACGCUGGUAGUAAUAACUAUAACCUCAAUGAAAACGGAGUUACCAAAUAUGGUAUACACAAUUAUUAUGGUUUAAAAAUAUUAUAUAUACCUAGGUAUACACGUGUUGUUUACGUCAAAAUUUGUAAUCCUCUAUCGAAAUCCUUUAACGUGAUUAAAUUUUAAAACAAAAUACCUAAUUUAAGUAUUAACCAUCGUUAUUAAUACGUUAACUAAUUAUAUAUUGAAUAGGUAUAACUAAAAAUAUUAACUAGGUAGGUAAUAUUUAUUUUUUCUAUAAAAAAAAACAAUAGUUUACUUUAGUGAUACAGGAACCGUACAGAAGUGACGUUGGCCUAGCAUAUGUCAUUAGAGGCAAUUCUGUUGUGUUAAAAUGUGAUAUACCACCUUUCAUUGCCGAUUUUGUAUCAGUUGUAUCGUGGCAAGACGACACAGGAAGUAUUUUCCCCUCUAUGUCGACCGAAUCUACUCAUGGUAUUUGCAAAUUAGAUCAUACGUGUAUACUGUAUAUUGUAUAUAUGUAUAAUAGUGAAUAUAUGUGUCAUUCAAUUUAAGUCAUUGUAUUAUAACAAAGUCAUCUUCCACUCCCUAAAAUAUUCCAGUUCGCCGUUUUCGUUGUUUUUAAACAAUAUGACGUGCCUAUUAAAAACUUCUUAUUACAAUAAAAAAAACUAUCGUUUCACGUAGUUUUUUAAUUUACUAAUUUUACCAUUUAGGUAAAUAUAUAAAGUAGUUUGACGUAAAAUAUGUAUAUGUAUAUUAUAUGGGUAUCAUUAUUAUUAUUUUUUUUUUUUCACGACCAGUGGUCACGCAAAAUUACUUAAUAGAAGUAAAUAAUGAACACGUGAUCAGGGGUAACUCAGCCAUUAUAAAAUGUAGUAUACCAUCGUUCGUAGCCGAUUUUGUGUCAGUUUUAUCGUGGAACGAUAAUACAGACUCGGAGUAUAUAAUACAUCAUGAUUACACGCAAGGUAUUUUUUUUUUUUACUAUGGAAAUUCAGAUAGAUCUUGUGAAUAAUUGUUAAUAACCAAAUCCCAUAACGUACCUUUGAAAUAGGCAUGCAACAAAAUUAAUUGUUUAUUAUAUUCACGGAAAAUAUUUAUACACCAUUUCUUAAUUAUAGCACUUAAAUAAAUUGUUAUUCUGAAAAAAAAAAACAAUUUAAAAUAGUUCUAUGAAUUAAUUUGUUAUUGUGGGUUUAUAUUCUGUAAAUAUUUUUCAGUUUAAUGACUCGACACGAAGGUAUUAAAUUUUUGUGACACUCAAUAAAAAAAACAUCUUGUAUGUAUAGGCUUAAAAGUUAGAUUGCAUUUUUAAUUAUCAAUACAGGAUAUAUUAAUGUUUUUUUUUACCAUUUCAUAUAGGUAUUAUUAAUACGUUUAUGUUUUCUAUGCAUUUUUGUACAAGUACGUUUUUGUUAAUCUAAUACAACAAAAAUGUAAAUUUUUAUUUUUUUACUAUGUAUUAAUAUUUAUUCAAUCAUCAUAAAUUUACAUUUUGAAAUUUGUUUUCUCUCAAGUUGUUAACCAGGAUUAUGCUUCUGAAGUGAUAACCGAGUACGUGAUACGUGGUAAUACAGCUAUAUUGAAGUGUACUAUCCCAUCGUUUGUCGCAGAUUUUGUCGUUGUAUAUUCUUGGAUAGCUUCUAAUGGCCAAGAGUACCGUCAUUUAAAUAAUGGUUACGGUAUGUCGUAAUUAGUGAUUGCCAACCAAGAAUACUAACCAGUUGUACACAUUUAUUGAUUUAUUCCAUUAAUCCCAUAAAUCUAAAAUUUAAACCGCGCUGUCUAAUUAUUUUACUAUUUUUUCUUAAUUGUUAUUAUUUUAUAUAUGUACCAGGUAACUAACCUAAUCUACGGUUGUGUGAAAUAUUAAUUCAACGAUUAAGUUGUAAACUUUAAAGUUUAAAAAACUGGAGAGUAGUGCUAAAUCAAAUUUCUUAUAAUAUUAUUUAUUUCUGACAUCUAUAAAUAAAAUAAAUUUACACAAAUAAAAACAUUCUUAUUGUAACUUUUUGUUUCGUUUUUUGCAAUUUACAAGAAAAAUGUUAAAGGAAAAGAAAUCAGAAAAAGAUUUUCUUUAAACUAUCACCUAUGACCAUUAUACAUUUUUUAGACGAGACUUCUAAAAUAACUGCUACAAAAAUAAUUUUUCAAACAAUAAUAAAAAGCCCAUUAGUCAAAUUAAUGACUAUCACUCUUUAGUUCAAAUCCUUAAUUUAUUAUUUAAGAAACUCUGUAUACUUUCUACUGUAUAUUCUCUAUCAAAUUGUGUAGAAUUUCCCUUAAUUUAGAAAAGUUGGAAAGUUAUAAUAGAAAAAAAGUUAUUUAAAUGGGAACAAAACAAAAUGUAUAAUAAUUCAGACUUAAUAACAUAUAUUUUUCUUACACGUUUAUGAUUCAAGGGUCUUUUACGAGUCUUUUUCAAAAAUUGAUGUUCAUUUUUUUAUUGUCUAGGGGUAAAAUAAAUGUGUAAAAAUAUGUUAUUUAGUUCAAAAUGUUAAUUUUCUAGAUUAUACUUUUUUAAUGUCCUAUUAAAAAUGUAUAGAAUAAGUUCUACGAAGUUUCAAGAUGAAAUAAACUAUAUAAAGAGAGGUUAAUGGUAAUAUAAAUCAAAACAACAAAAUCUUUUAUCUUUUAUAAACUUUUAUUUAUUUACCAUAUCAGCUUAGGUUAUUGCGUGACACGUUAUUAAUAUUUAUUUAUACGAUAUGUAGGUAUUAACAGAUUAUUUUUAAAUCCCGUAUAAAAUUUAAAGUGUAAUUAUUCCUCAGAUGUUAUAAUUAUAUAUUAUAGAGUAUUAAUCAAUUAAUAUGUUUUUUAAUAUGGGUUAAUUCAAUUCCUUUUAAAACACAAUAGUAUGUAUAAUACAUUGUAUAUAAUAAUAUAUAGUAGUACAUAGGUUAUAUUUUUCACAAUUACCUAUUAUUUUUUUGAUCCAUAUAUAAAACAAUGAAACCUCUAUUUCCAUCUCUUUUUUUUUUUUUUUUUUAUAACAGCGAGAUUUUUGUUCAUAUUGUAUGAUAUAAAAUUAUACACUUAAGUAUAAUAUAUUUUUAAAAAAUAAUAUUUAUAAAUAAUGAUUAAAACCAGAAUUAUUAGGAUUAGAAUUCAUUUUACAGUUGUAUUACAAAACUAUGCAACUGGAGCUGAAGACGAAUAUGUAAUACUUGGUAACACUGCAGUUAUUAAAUGUAAAGUACCUAGUUUUGUGGCUGAUUACGUUUCUGUAGAAUCUUGGUUAGCUUCUGACGGUCAAGAAUAUCGUCAUUCAAGUAGUGACGGAUAUGGUAGGAUAAUAAUAAUAUUAUUUCCAGUUGAGAAUGUUUUGCGUAUUCAAAUUGUUAUUUCAUGACACUCCUUUAAAUCUUGAAAUCUAUCCACGUUCUAUACAUUUUUGUUUGUUGGUAAUUUGUUAUUUGUUUUUUUUUCUUGGUGAUUUAUAAUUUGUUGAAAUAGUUGUGAAUCAAAAAUAUGAAUCCGAAUUAAUGCCUACGGAAUACGUAAUACGAGGAAACUCGGCUAUACUUAAGUGUAGCGUGCCAUCUUUUGUGGCGGAUUUUAUCACAGUCGAAGCUUGGGUGACAAGCGAGGGUCAAACAUAUACUAGAGAUUCAAUUGGAAGUAAAUACAUUAUUACAUCAAGAAGUAUAUACAAAGAGAUAUAAUAUACAUUUUUUGAAUACAUGCGAUAUUCCUUAUAAUCCAAAAUAAAAUUUAUUUUCAUCACUGUUGUAAUACUUUUAAUGUAAUUACGACCUAUUUCAUAUUGGUGUAAUAUUUCGAAAGUUUAAAUUUUACAGUUGUAAUGCAAACCUAUAUCACUGAAGCUGAAAAUGAGUACGUAAUACGCGGUAACACGGCCAUAAUUAAGUGCAAAAUACCAAGUUUUGUGUCUGAUUUUGUUUCAGUGGAUGCUUGGAUAGAUGACAAUGACACCACUUAUACAUUAUUUAAUACAAAUACCAAUUGUAAGGAUUCAAUUACUUUUAAGUUACUUUGAACGUUCGUCUGUCGUGACAUAUUUUAUCCAAACUACUCACUGAAAAUCAUGUCAGAAGCAUAAUUAAUAUUGUUGCCGUUUUUUUUUCUCAUUAAAACAAAAUUCAAAUUCAUAAAAUUUUAAUUCGAUGACAAUAUACACCAUGUAUUAAUUACAAAUCUAUUUUUGUCAGUCGUUCAUCAACCUUACGAAGCCGAGGCUGAUAAUGAAUAUGUUAUUAGAGGUAAUAGUGCUAUUAUGAAAUGUGAAAUUCCAAGUUUCGUCGCUGACUUCGUUUCGGUUGCUCAUUGGGUGGAUUCGUCGGGAAAAUCAUAUUACCCUGAUAAUGAUUAUGGUACAGAUUAUAUAUAUAUGAACAUUUAAAUGUAACACAUAUUUUUACAUUUUACGUCUAUUGUAUAUAAUUCUUUGUAUCCUAUAUUGUGUUUCUUUAAUUUUGCUUGUAGUUAGCUAAAGGUCUUACUUUUUUUAAACCGAAUCUAUUUUGUGAUGAGAAACUACUUAAUCUAUAUACGAAUAUCAUAAACCCAUUAAAUAAGUAGGUUCUUGUACCUUUUUAUUCGUGUAUAAUAUAUACCUACCUAAAAUCCAUUAUAAUGAUUAUUUUAUUUUACGCAGUGGUUAGUCAAUUUUAUCAAACUAGAGUUAUUGACGAAUACGUGCUACUAGGAAAUUCUAUAGUUUUGAAAUGCCUCGUACCAAGUUUUGUGGCGGAUUUUGUUGAAGUUUUAGGAUGGGUGGAUGAUAGUGGAAAUAACAUUGGAUCUACUGUUGAUAAACAGGGUACAUAUUUUAAAUUGGAAAUGCAUUAGCACUAUGUGAAUGUACAUACGAAUGUUAAAAAAUCUAAGUCCUAUCCAAUAUAUAUUAUAAUACUAUAUAUCUGAUAAUUCCACUAUGUUUAUAAUUUCAAAAAUAUUUUAAUAUAUUUAGCUGUGGAACAAUCCUAUCAGCUUCGUGUAAAUGAUGAGUUUGUGUUAAAAGGCAAUGCAGCCGUAUUAAAAUGCUUAGUACCCAGUUUCAUGGGAGACUUUCUCGAAAUUAUUGAAUGGGUGUCAGAGUCUGGAGAAUCUUUCAGUAUUAAUCAAUUCCACAAGGGUUUGUGUUAUAGUUAAAUUUUGGAAUGUAUGAGAAUGAUUUGAAAAAUAAUUUAUUUUCUGUUUCCAAUCCUUAAGAAACAAAUGGGUUUAAAUUUUUUACUAUGCUACUGUGUAUUGUUUGAUAUUUUAAAUUUAGGUAAUAAUAUGUUAUUCAAUAUUUUGGAAUAUUUUAUUUGGAUUUUUAAAAAAUUGUGAUAGAUCAUGUUUUUAUAAAAAUACUUAAAAUGUUUGUUUCUGAUCUAUAUUUUAAAACUAAAUUAACUCGAUUUUAAAUUGGUGAACCAGCUCCUUUCAUAUUUCAAAACCAAAAUCAGGAUAUUUAUCUAUGUACUCAAAUAAAUAUUUAAUAUUGGCUAAUAAGCAUUUAAAGAGUACCUAUGUGGUAUGUUUCCGAAAUAUUUCUCCCAGUACAUAAUUUUGACAAACUUUGUUUUUAUAAAUAUUUGUUCAGUGUUGGGUAUUUGCCAACAUUUAUUCUGUGUUCGAUUUUGAAAAUAAAAAUGAAUUCCUACUUAUAAUAAUUGAUCACUUAUCGGUAAAAUGCGUAGAUAUAAACACUAUUAAGUGUCUUAAAUAAAAAAAAGUUUCUUUAUGUAUACAUAAUUUUCAGCGGUGAGUCAAUAUUAUGAAGCUCAAGUUUAUGAUAUGUUUGUAAUAAGAGGAAAUACAGCUAUUUUUAAAUGUUCAGUUCCUUCAUUUGUGUCCGACUAUGUUUAUGUUGAAUCAUGGGAAGCUACAAACGGUGACAAAUAUUUUACACCAACAAUUUCAGAUUUCGGUAGUGAUUUUCGAUAUUGUAUUGUGUUGAUUUCAUACAAAUGUCUUUCUUUUUUUAAUGAUUGAAUAUUUCCUAUUUAAAUCAUCGCGACAAUAAUAACAAUAUUUUUUAUUUUAAUUUAUCAUUUGUACUGUAUACUUUGUUUUUGAAACACAUUUACUUAUCUUUUAAACUUAAAAAAAUAUAUUUUAAAAACCACAAUUUCAUAAACUCGUGUUUCAUAGAACUUUAGGACUGUUAUACAGUUCUAUUUGUAUAUAUAUGUACUUACAUUUUUGUGUAGUGUAUACCAUAUUUGAAUUAGCUAAGUUAAUAAAUUUUCGACAUUUUCUAUCUUAAUUAGGUACCUAAUUGAUUUCAGCCGUAAACCAAUACUAUGAAGCUAUUUUACAUGAUAUGUUUGUCAUCAAAGGAAAUACUGCGAUUUUUAAAUGUAUUGUUCCGUCAUUUAUAGCCGAUUAUGUUUCUGUUAUUUCUUGGGAAGAUACUGUUGGAAACAAAUAUUCUACAUCACCAAAUGAACAUUUUGGUAUUAAUAUCUAUUAGUUUAGUCUACAUAGUAUGGUCGAACAUUUUUCAGAACAGUAUUUUCCUUUUUCCAUCCUUUAUUCGUGUAUUAUAAACAUAGUUGACUUCAAUUAUCGAUAUAUAUAUAUGCAUAGAUAUUAUGUAUAUAAUAUAUAUAUUUUUCAAAUGUCACACGUCAUUACAGUCAAAUAUAGUUGACUAAUUUUGUGCAACAUAUUUGUGACUGUUCAUUUUGAAUUGUUGUCUCUUUUUAGUGGUCAAUCAACUUUACACUGUUAACGUAAUGGAUGAAUCUGUUCUUCGUGGAAACACUGCUAUAUUGAAAUGUCAUAUCCCUAGUUUUGUUGCCGAUUAUGUAUUUGUAUCUGGUUGGACUUCAAAUGGUGGUGAUGACUAUUCAAUUAAUGCAUAUCCAGCCUACGGUAUUAGAAAAUAAAAUAUUCUACAAUUUUAUUAGGUUUUUAAUAUAUAUAUAUAUAUAUAUAGAUAUUUUUUAAAUUCGGUUAGUUUAUCCAAAGAUAAAGAAGGCAAGGGUACGUUGCGGUUUUCCUUUUUAUUCCAAAUAUAUUUAUUACUUACCUAUAUAUUCCUCUGAAUCCUGUAUGAAUGCGAUGAAUGAAUGUUUUAUAUUUUUAAUGGACACUGAACAAUUUGAUACAUUAUAUUUAAAAAACUUUAACUAGCUAAUAAUACAUUUUGAGUGAGUUUUACCAUUUUGAAAUUACUUAAUAGCGUAAUAUAAUGUAUUAAAUAUAUCUAGUCAAAAAAUGUAAUAUUGUACUAUAACGGUUCAAUUAUUGUUCAGUUGUCCAAUGCUUUUGCUUUAAAAUAAUACAAAUCGAUGCCAAAUAAUUUUAAACAUUUAAAUAAUUAUUAAUAUAUAUAAUUUUAGAUUUAUUAAUAUUUAUCUUCUUUUUAAUUUGUCAUCGAUUUUGGGAGAUUUCAAUAAUAAUUAUCAGUUUAAAUUAGUUAAAUGAAGAUGAAAACUAAAUAAUUAUAGUUUUAGAGAAUCAAUUUUAUUUCACCUUAAGAGGACACCACACUGUGAUCUACUGUAUUCGUCGUAUAAAUGCGAGGUAUAGCAAAUUUAUCUUCAGUAGAACUCAUUUUGGGCUGUUAAUUUUAAUUGUAAAGCAAAUUGACUAAUAAUCAAAAUUAAAAUUAAUCAGAUUAUAUGUGCCCUAGCAUUGAUGUUUUUUUGAUAUUUUUAUUUUUAAGCAAGAUAUUAGUAUGUGAAGUAUCACAAUUUAAAAAUGAUUUUAUCUUGCUUAAAAAAUGAAAUAUCCACAUCAAAACUAGGACCCAUCUAAUCUUCUUACCUUUUAAGUUUGGUAAUUAGUCGAUUUGUUUUAAUAUUAAAAUUAAAAGUACAAAAUUAGUCCUACUAAACUCAAAUUUGUUAUACCUCGCGUUUAUACAACAGAUACAAUAAAUGGAGAUGUUACGUCCUCUUGACAAACGCACAAUAUAAUUUUAUUUUUUAAAUAUUAUUUGAAAUCUCUAAUGUUUUUUUCAAUGCUUUCGCAAAAUAAAUCAUCUUGAACAAAUACUUAUGUAUAUUUUAUUUAAAAUUUUUAAAGAUGGUAAAUACUUGGUAUUACCUUCUGGAGAAUUACAUAUUCGUGACGUAACACCUGAGGACGGAACCAAGUCUUACCAAUGUCGUACUAAACAUAGAUUAACUGGAGAAACAAGACUUAGCGCUACUAAAGGAAGAUUAGUCAUUACAGGUUAGUAAAAAGUAGUCUAUUAAUUUAAAAAUAUAUUGGUAACCUUAGAUAUAGUUAAAUCAAUUUAAAAAUUAAAUCUUAAAAUUAAGAAAUCUAUUGUUUUUAAUUAUGUGUUGAAUACUAUAGCAUUUCUUUCAUAAUAAACACAUUUCAAAAAGUACAACAAAUAUUUGAAAAUUGUGUGUUCUUUUUCGAGCUAAAAAAAAUUGUUCAUAACUAUUUUGUGUACAUCUUCUAAAAGUUGUUAAUCUAUAUUUUAAAGUUUACCAAUAUAUUUUAUUUAGUUUAACUGCCAAUAGCUAAAUUAUUAUUUGUUCUUAAUUUAAGAAUUAUAGCUAAUAAAAACUAUGUUAAAUAAUAAAAAAAAAAUGUCUCUCUAGUUGUAUUGUUUUAAUUCAUCAAUUCAAUACAUUAUAAUUUAUGUUUAUGUUUUUUAUUACAAAUUUUAAUUUUGCUAUUCGGUAUAGUAGAUUGUCUAUUUAAAAUAUACUCAAUGUUGCAUUUAUUUAUUUACAUUUUUAUAUUACAAUAAUAUUAAUCUAUUAUCUUCUUAUAUCUACCUCAAAUUUGUAUUUAAAUUAUAAUUUUUUAAUCUUCAAUUUUAAAUGCAACAAUGAUGUAAUAUAAAUGCACACAUUUUAUUUUAUAUUUAUUAAUUAUUAAUUUACUUGAACACACAUUUUUCAGGUUUUAAUUUUUUUUUAUUUGUGAAUUUUACUGUUAUUUUAAUACAAAUAUAAUAAUAUUUUUUAGAUUUUAGAAAAAAUAAUUUUAUAAUUAAUAUAAUAUGGUCAUUUGUUUUAUCAAAUGUAUUUUUUUUUUUAAGAAAGUUUUCAAAAAUCUUGUGUGAAAAAUGUGUGUUCUUAAAUGAAGCCUGAAUGUUGGGAUAGGGUACCCCUGCGACACAUUAAAGCACAAAUCAGUUGUGCAAAAUAUUAAAAUAAAUAAGUAUAAUUAUUAAAAAAUUAAGCUAUUUAGGUUUUCAUUUUUUUCUGUUAUUAUCUUGACAAUAGAAAAUACUUUAUCACUUCUUAGACCCCGUGGGUAGUUCAUCUCCAAAAUUUGCUUCUCUGGAAACUGGUAAAAGUUAUCAGUUCAGAUCAGGGCAAAGUCUUGUGUUAACUUGUUCUGCUCAGAGUCAUCCAGUACCAACACACAGGUAAGAACUAGCAUUAUUUGAAAAGAAUAAGUUAGGUAGUAUAAAACAUAUUGAUGAAAUUAGGAGUAAAGUUAAUUUAAACAUAAUUUCAAACUUGAUUUAAAAGUAAAAAUAUGCAUAUUAUAUUGUUUAUAUAAUACAUAUUAUACAUACUUAUUAUUCUGUUUUAUUCGUAUGAAACAAUCUUAAAUUGUAUUUGAUUUUAGAUCCCAUUAAUAGUAUAGCUCCAAAAUUCUCGUCAACAACAAACAUUCAAGGAUUUAAAACUCAACUUUAUAAAUCGUUUGAUAUGCUUUGUCCUGCACAAGGGUACCCUGUACCAAUUUCCAGGUAGGUAGGCUAUUAAAAGAAAUAAAAUAUUCCUUUAAAAAUAUAUAUAUAUAUUAGAACCAGUAAGUUCGACAGCGCCUAAAUUUCCAAUGAUGUCAGCGGCUUUCAAAUCAAGAUUAUUACAAAAUAUUGACUUAUUAUGUCCAGCACAGGGGUAUCCAGUUCCCACACAUAGGUAUUGCUUUUGAAAAAUGAAAUAUUGAAAUACCUAAUUAAUAAGUUCAUUACUCUUGAAUGUUAAUAAAAUUAGCAGAAACUUUUUUAUCAAAUAUCAGCAUUUCACUUCUAAAACUUUUAAAUUAUAACUAAAUUUCUUGGUUUCAAAUAUAGAACCUAUUGGCUUAAAAGCUCCAAGUUUUCCAUCUGAAGCUAAAUCAGUUUCUUACGUGAAAAAAAUGGACCAAAGUAUUAGUUUAUUGUGUUUAGCCCAGGGAUACGAUGUACCAACAUUCAGGUAAAAUGUGAUUUCAACUUAUUCUUUAUAUUUUGGGUGGGGGGAAAUAGAACCUGUAGGAUUCAAGUCUCCCACAUUUCCGUCUUCUUCGAAGUCCAGUUGGUUUGUUAAAAAGUUAUCAGACCAUCUUUCUUUACUUUGCUCUGCACAAGGGUACCCAAUCCCAGAAUACAGGUAAUUAAAGUCAGAAAGUAUUGAAUUUACAUAAUGAAAUUUCAAAUGAAUAUGAGCAAUUAUAAAAUAAAAAUUAUUAUUAAAUAAAUAAAAAUAUUAGAGAAUCUAGGGAUGGUAUUUUCCACUUCCAGAUCCUUUUAGUCUUAAAGCGCCUACAUUUCCAUCCGAGGAUGAGACAUCCAGAUUCAAGAAAAAAAGUUCAUAUAGUAUUAGCUUACUUUGUGAAGCUCAAGGAUAUCCCAUUCCUUCAUUCAGGUAUAUUUAGGAAUUUUUAAUAAAAAAAUAUUUGAUAUAAUUUGUAGAACCAGUUGGCUAUAAAUCACCAGUUUUUCAAUCUGACUCAGAAAUUGCAAGGUUUAGGAAACGAUCUAGAAAUGAUUUAUCUAUUUUAUGUUCCGCACAAGGGUACCCAGCUCCAAAUUUCAGGUGAGGUUAUUCCACAAUGUUUAUAUAUUUUAUUUGGUUCAACUUGUGUAACAAUAAUUAUAUCAGAAUGUAAAAUAAAUACCUACCUGUCUAUUUAUUCAUAAAUCUCAUACAUUUUCGGCAAAUUAAUCUUCAGUAGACAAUUAUUAUAAAUAAAGUUUAUUUUAAAAUGCUAUGGGUUUUCCUUAUUCUAACAUUUUGGCAUUAGUAAAUCAUUUUUAUACUUAUUUUCAACUUAUUAUUUUUCCAAUUCAUUUAUUUUUCUAGAACCUGUUGGUAUAAAAUCACCUACAUUUGCAUCUGACUUAAAGGGAACUAUAUUUAAUCGUCGAGCUAAAUCCGAUAUUGUUUUAUUGUGUCAAUCACAAGGACAUCCGGUUCCUGACCAUAGGUGAGAAAAUAGACACAAAUUAUAAAAAUUCUAUAUAAAAUAUAAAGAAAAAUUUCAAAUCAACUGCAUCGCUAGUCGCAAGGGUAAAUCAUUCUCUAACAUUUGGGUUUAUAAAAAAAAAACACAAUUUCUUCAAGAAACAAAAUUAACUUUUAGUAAAUUUUCAGAACCUGUCGGUUAUAAAGGACCAACUUUAUCAUCAGAUUUCUCAUCAACGGGUUUAAAAAAACGAAUUAAGAGUCCAAUUGUUAUGUUAUGUCAAUCUCAAGGAUAUCCUAUACCUGAAUUUGGGUGAUUAUAAAUAGAUAAUAUUUCUUCAUAAUAUUUUUAUUUUGAAAAUAAUUUAAUAAAUCUAAAACUAUUGGGUAUAUUCUAUAAGAUAUUGUUAUUCCAAAGUUUUAACUAAAAUUUUCAAUAUCAGUAUCUAUACUAGUAUGUAUUGGUUUAAUUGAAUACAUUUCAACUUGUCCUAUCUUCAACAUUCAGAUUUUAAAUUUAUUUUAUAAAAAAAAAAAAAAAAAAAUUCCUUCAAUUUGUUAAUAUUCAUUUAGAUCCCGUAGGACUUAAAUCGCCUACAUUAUCUUCAGAUUUUGAAGGUACUCGUUUACGAAAAAGUUCUAAGAAUGCUAUUGUUUUACUGUGUCAAUCUCAGGGAUAUCCUGUUCCGGAAUUCAGGUGAGACAUUUAUGUGUUCAUUUUUUAAACUAAUUUUGUAUACUAUCUUUUAGAACCGGUGGGUUUAAAAUCUCCCACAUUUUCUGCUAAAUCAGAAACAUAUAAAUUUAAAAUGAAGUCAUUGGUUGAUUUAAAUUUGCUAUGUGAUGCACAAGGUUAUCCUAUUCCAGCAUUCAGGUUCGAAAUAUAUUAAUCUUAACAGUCAUUUCCUCUAAAACUGGUAUAUAAUUUCUUAUAGAUCCAGUUGGUGUUAAAGCACCCUCACUUUCAUCUGAUAUAAAACGUAGUUGGAUAGAAAGACAAAUUAAAAAAGGGAUUGGUCUAUUGUGUCUAGCACAAGGGUCCCCUGUCCCUUUAUCGCGGUAAGCCAAAAUAUUGAAAUAGUAUAGAUUUUUUUUAAAAAAAAAUGAAGGUGUAUUACAUUACUGUACAUUUACAUUUUACACAUUUACUAUUAAUUUUAAAAAAAAUGUAAACAUUGUGGAAUAAAUAAAAUUAAAACAGAUAGGUAUAUAAUUCGUUUUGAUUGAAUAAAUUUGGUGAAUAUUUCCUAUUUAGAUAAUGUAGGUGCCAAAGCCCCCACUGCACCUGAUGAUAAAAGCAGAACAAUUAUAAGAAAUUCUGGACAAUACAUAACGCUUUUUUGUCAAACUCAGGCUUUCCCAAUACCCUCCUACAGGUUGGUAAUAUAAAAAUAAAAAAUUCCUAACGAUAAAAUAAAUAUAAAAAAAUGGAGAAAAAACUUAGCCUAUAGUAUUAUAAAUGAUUUCUUACAAAUAAUUAUAAGAAAACAUAUUGAUAUAUGAGUUUAAGCAAACAAUAUUAAUUGUAUGGGUAAUAUAACAAAACAAAUUAAUUUUUAAUAAAUUUAAAAUAAUGGAUUUUUAUACUGUAUACACUCCAGAACCUUUGGGUACCAAGUCUCCGGCAUUAGCUUUGGAUGAAAAAACCCGUUUUGCAUUUCGAUAUGUCAAUGAAGAUGUGUCGUUGUGGUGUCAACUACAAGCGUACCCUAUACCUGCAUACAGGUUCGUUUAGUUUAGGUUAAAAGUUUCAUUAAAAAUGUCCGAAUAUCCACAGAACCCAUUGGUGUUAAAAAACCUACGUUCGCAAAUGAUGAUAAAAUUCAUUCUUUUGAACGAGUUCAAUUUUCUGAAAUAGCUCUUUUAUGCGAAGUUCAAGCAUACCCAAUUGCAGCUAUAUGGUAUGAUAAAUUCUUUCAAAUUAAUAAAAAAAAUAUUUGAAUUCAUGAUAGUUUAUUUUGUAGAAUCCAGUUUAUAUGAAAGUAUAAAAUAUUAUAUAAGUAAAUAUUAAUAAUUUAUUACAAUAAUUUAUAAAAUUACUUACGAAUAUAUAGUAUAUUCUAAAUGUAACAAUUUGUUUAAACAUAAAUAAAAACAUUUAUAACAUUUUUACUAUCAGAAUUAUUAUCAAGUAAUUUAUCUAAAAUAAAUUGCAUUGGAAUUUUAAAAUAAUAACAAUUUUUAUUUUUGUAUUUGUUUCAAACCUAAUUCAGAACCAAUUGGAAUGAAAUCUCCUAGUUUUUCAACUGAUACAAAGAUUUCAGCUUACAUUCGUUUUCAAAAUACUAAUAUUGGACUACAAUGUCAAGCUCAAGGUUUCCCAGUUCCUAGUUUUCGGUAAAUAUUAUUCAAAUCCUUUCUAUUAUUUUUCUUGGUAUAGCAGUUAUAAGAAAAUAUUCGUUCAACUUCUAAUAAUCAGUAUAAGAAGGUACCUCACAGAUGCUUUAUACAGUUAUACCUACGUACACCAGCACAUUAUAAAUAUACGAGAUUGUGUUAGGCGCGUCCCUAGGGGAGCUAAGGGGGCGAUCAUCCCCCCCCCCCCCCCGUAAGCCAUGUGAUGUUCUUUUUUAUUAUACAAAUUAUCCAUAAUUUUUAAGUAUAAAUGCAACUGGUUCUAAAUGCCAUAAAUAUAAUUCCAGAUCUUGGAAAUACUUUGAUUGAACAAGAUAAAAUAUUUCUCAUUUAUAAAUGUGGCGAAGAAUGUACCUAUUGGAUUACAAUGUUUUUUUUUUUUUUUUACUGUGACAAAAUUUUCUACCAGAAAUUUUGCUUCAAUAUAUAAGUUUAGCACCUUUUUUGAAAGAAAAUAUUGUCAUAUUGACUAGAUAGUACUUUAGAAAGGUCAUUUUUUGAUUUUCCGAUUAGUUUUCAUAAAAUCAGUAAAACCCAAGAUAAAACAUAAGAAAAACGAGAAAAUUUAUGAAAAUAAUAAUUUUUUGUUGUAAUUCAGUUAAAAAUAUUCGUAGAGUCUUGAAAUUUAGAUAGAAAACUUAUAUUUGACUUUUCUUGACUGGUAAAAUUUUUGAGCAAUUUAGAGACAUUUUAAUUUUGCGAGUUUUUACACGUAAUUUUUAUUCGGUAUGUAGACAAAAUUGAUAGAACAAAUAGAAAUGCUUGAGAAUUUAACAUGAGGUUCAUUAAAAGUCGUACUAUGUAGUAAAAAAAAAAAUUUUUGAGCAGAAACUUUUCACUUUUAAAUAGGUAUUCAUCGAAAUGAAAAAUUAAUAAAUUAAUAAGUAUAGAAAAUAUUUUUGAUCAAACCGCCUGCAAAACGCUGCUUAAAAUAAAAAUAUUUUGUACUUGGUCAUCUAACAUUUAUUAAUUAUUAUUCUUAUUAUUUUUGUUAUUCGUAUUAUCAUUAUUUUAACUAUUAUUUAUUUAAUGUGAAAAAAAUAAAUUUAAUUUUUAAAUUGUACUGUUUGCUGCAUUUCUACAAUUUAUCUGCAGUUUUCUAAGUUAAUAUAAGUUGAAAUAACAUCAGACAUAAAAGUUUUAAGUUUUUGUUGACCAAAGCAGCAGUAUUUAAAAGUAAAAAUUGUUCCCCCCCUCCCACGGAAUUGACCCGAAGACGCUCCUAAACAAUACUCUUAACCGAGCUCCGCUCAGAAUCGUUUUUAUUGACAAUGCUUACAUUUGUUUAGGUACAGAUAUACAUUAAAUUUCCCUCAAUAUCCUACUUUCAGCAGUUUUUGUUUUAUAAAAAUAAUAUUAUCUAACUAAUUUUGAAAGCAAAUUUAAAAAAGGUACCGUCCUUUGCGUCCUAAUUUGAAAAAAAAAAUACUCUAAAAUAUCUGAACAUUUUGUUGGGGUACUCAGUUUCCCUGCGUCCCCCAAGUAAAGCACUGAAUUAUUAUACAUUAUACAUUAUGUAUAUAUUAUAUAAUUUGUAUAAAUUAAUUUGAUGUGUGUGACACAGUCCCCACUCGCCGCAUCGGCACCUCAACCGUACACAUGAUCAGUAACCAUUGGUCACUCCACCAAACAUUCAAAUCCAGGACAUUAGACCGUUUAAGUUCAGCGAGAAGUCAGAUACCUGAUAGUUGAAUAGCUCAGGAAUAGAGUAAUCGCCGGGCAAGUGAAAAACUCGGGUUCGAUUCCCCAUCCGAUCAUCUAAUUUUUAGUAAUAUUUUCAGUAUAUUGUUUUUACAAUGAUGUUAUCUUAUUUUUUUUUUUAUGCUGUAUAAAAAAAUUCUACCAGAAAUCUUGCUCCGAUUUUCAAGUGUUGCACCUUUUCUCGAAGGAAAUACUCUUGAGCUCCACUAAAGUACCAUUACUUUAGGGUGAUCAUCUUUUUGUUUUCAGAUUUUCAUUAUAAAUGGGAAAACGGGAAAAUUUAUGAAAUUAUUGCUUUUAUUAUUUUCAAUUUUUUAUUUUUGUUGUAUUUUAGCUCCAAAUGUUCUUAGAGAUCUCGGACAGAAACCAUAUAUUUAACUUUUAUAAACGUGGUCAAAUUUUCAAAACAUUUGAGCUAUUUUUGUACUAUUUAUCGACAUUUUAAUUUUGUGAUUUUUUUUACAUAAUAUUUAUUUGGUAGAUACUCUGUGGAUAAAAUUGUUAGACUAAAUAGAAAUGAAAAACGCUUAAAAAUUUAACAGUCCUAAGUUGUUCUAAGUGGUUAAUAAAAAAAAGUUGAGUUUAAUAUAGUAUUUUUUUUAUAAGAAUUUUAAUAUCAAAUUUUGACGAAUAUCGUAAAUAUUACUAUCUUUUAAAACAUGUAUAACCGAACUCCAUUCAGAAUCGUUUUUUAUUAGCAAUUUUUAAUCGUUGCAUAAAAAAAAAAAAUUUAAUUACCCUAUAUAUCCUACCUUCCCAACUUCUCACCUACAAUUGUGACCCACCCAUUGUGCGAAGUAUGUCCAUCUUUUUUAAUUUCUAAUUUACCAAUAAAAAACUGGAAAAUAUUUCUAGAGAUAUUAUCUCUAACAUGAAUGCCAAAUUAUCAUACCUCAUAUUUUCGUGGUCCGAGUCACAUUGAAUGAUUCAAUAAAAUGUCUUGUUUUAUUAUUUCUAUACAUAACAAUAGGUGCUGACGUGUUGUACUUGUAAAAAAAAUUGUUAUUUUUUCCUAUUAUUACGUGCUACACCUAUAGUAGACGAUUAUAAUUUUUUUUUUUUUUUUCAUGUAGCUCGUAAACUUUAUUUAUGAUUUUUUACCAAAUUGGAAAUUUGAGAUUGAUUUUCCUGUAGUAGAGUAUUAGACUCAUGCCAUAUACCUACAUAUUUUUCCUAAACAAAUUAGCCAAGUCUAAAUUAAUAGUUAUUAUUGAUUAUGAUUUACAUUUAAUUAUCAUCAAAGACAGUAACAGGUAUAUUACCCAUCUAUGAAUUUUUUUAAAUUCUAUUGAAUAAUAAUACUAAAUGUAGAAUUUAUUUAGGGAUGCAUUCUUUGGAUUUAAAAAUCAUAUGAUGAUUAAGUAAACUAGGUAGGUAGUAAUGUUACCUUUUAAAAUUUGUUUUCAAUAUUAAUUUACUUUAUGGUUAGCACAUUUUUAAAAACGCAUCUUUUUAUUUUUAAUGCAUUAUAUUAAUCUUUAAUGCAUAUUAAGUAGGUACUUAUGUAAGAUUUUUUUUUUUUGAAAACAUAAACCAAUUAAAUGGUAUUUUUGAACAGAUCCAAUAGGAACAGUGAUUCCUAAAGUACCAACGAAAUCAAAGUUUGACCAUGUUGACGGGGUUUUUGGUCAAAAUAUUGAGUUACUAUGUGAAACUCAAGGUUAUCCAGUACCUGUUUUCAGGUAGAUUUAUAACACUAAGAUGUAUCAUUAACUAACUACCUAUUCAUUAAAUUAACAUGACUUAUAAAAAAAAAAAAAAAUCAAUAAUAUGUUAAUUGAAUAUUUCGGGCUUCAUUAGGAUAGGAAUAAAUUACAACUGUUGUUCCGUUAGAUCGUUUCUUAAUUGUUAUCCAUGUUGCUAGAUCCCCAAACAAGUAUUUCGCCGAAAAUAAAAAAAGAAGAGCUUGCCAUUUUAAUUGGAAAACCAUUUAUGUUUGAAACUCAUAUAUCAAUGGUUUGUUCCGCUCAGGGAUACCCUGUUCCUUAUUUUCGGUAUGUAAAUUGCGUUAAACCUAUUUGUAUAACUGAAAUCAAAUAUUUAUGAAGUAAACGAUAAUCUAGGGUACACAUGCAUUUAAAUUGCUUUGUCUUCGAGAAAAUUAUUUUAAAUAAAGAAAAAUACUAAAAUUGAAAUAUUAUGAAUAAGUAUGCAUAUUCAUAUAGAUAGGUACAUAAUAAUAAUAAUAAAUAUUAAUCUAAAUUUUGAAUUCUUAAGAAAUUUUAGGUAGGUGCCUAUAAUAAAAUCAGAUUUUUAUUUUUUUCCAUUGUAUCUACCUUCCAACAUUUUGGGUUUUUUAUUUUUUUUUUUUUCAUUUUUAAUAAUCUCUGGCUGACUUGAAUACGAUCAAAUUUUAAAAAAUAUAUUUACAGAACCAACUGGGAAUAUAUCACCAAAAGCUCCCGGUGAAAAAUAUGAGGGUGGAAAACUAAUAACCUUGGCUAAUGGACAAACCAUGCAUAUUGUUUGCAAUGUGAUUGGGUUUCCCAUUCCCGUAUAUCGGUAUGUAAUAUACAGUUACUUAUUUUAAACAGAAUUCGUGAUAGUUUCCUAUAACUGUUGAGAACAAAAUAAAAUUCAAGGAAGUUUAUCAAAAGUCUAUGUUUUAAUGUGUUCAUAAUUAUUGAUUUGGGGUUCCCUAUUCUUAUCUCAAACCGUAAACUUCUAAUAAUUCAAUUAAAUAAAUAAAUAUAUGGAUUACAAAAUUGCAGAACCACAUUCAAAUAUUGCUGGUAAAGUUUCUAAAGAACGUUUUGAAGGUAACAAUUUUGUUGUUAAUGAGCCAGCUGUACUCUUGUGCCCUGGUCAAGGUUUCCCUAUUCCUAAAUAUGAGUAAGUUACCUAUGUUAAAAUAUACUCCACAGAGUCUAUAUCAAAUAAGGUUCCAUUUUAAAAGCUAUAAGUUUUAAGAUAUUUCCAGUAUUUCAAUUUUUUAAUUUGAUUCAGAUAUUUAUUAUUUUAGAACCUACUGGAGCUAUACGUACGAAAAUCCUUAGUAAAGUAAUCGAAAUUAAAGAAAUUAGUAUUGGAUCCGAUACUGCAGUCCUUUGUCCCACCCAAGGAUAUCCAAUUCCUAAAUCCAGGUAGUGUGAUUGAAUAAGCCAUUUUUUCUUGUAAGACAAUUGAUUUAUAAUAUUUUAUUUCUAAAUUAUAUUGUAUAUUUAUCAAAACAUUUAUAAAAUUCUUUUAUAUUUCAUUUUUUUUUCAUCUGUUAUUGUAUGCAUACCCAUUACCGGAUUACUUAUUCAGUAAACAUACUAUAUUAUGACUAAUAUAUUACUAAAAAUGAUUUAAUACUACACAAAUGUUCAAUUAACACAAUUUAAAAUUGUAACAUAAGAAAAAACUACUAACUAUAAUGUACUUAAAUAAAUUCACUUUAGAAUACAUAAAUAUUUUAAAUAUACUCUAAGAAAAUAAUACAUUCUUCAAUAGCAAUAAUUGUUCAGUGAAAAUAAGUUUUAUAUUAUGGUUUUAUUGUUUUUAGAGGUGUGGGUGUUUUUUUUUUUUUUGGUACUAUGUUAGAUAAUAUCCUCAAAUAUUUGGACUUCGACAAAAUUUGUUAUAAUAUUUGUAUCAUUGUUAAUUUAAUUGAAAUAUUAAUCCUAUCUAAAGCCUAUCUAUAUUUUCCAUUUAUUUAUUAACUCUUAUUCAAUACUAUUAAAAUUUAUAUUUUUUGUGUUAUUUCAUAUUUGGCUCUUAUAUCGAUAAUCGUAUUAUAGCCUAUAGGUAUUAAUAUGUUUAAUAGGUAUUCUUUCAUAAAUUUUCAAAUUCAGUGAUUAUGUAGAAUAAUGAGCCCCAUUUACUGUUUUAAAAACACCACACCAAACUAUUAUUUUGUAGGUUAUACCUACAUUUAUUUUUGAUAUAAUUUUUAAAGAAGCGUGACUCUAUAAUAAUAUAUAAUUUAUUAUUAAAAUUUUAAUACCAUAAGAAAUUAUAAAUUAUACCUAAUCCUUAUUUACAAAAUUAUAAUAAGAAAUAAUUAUAGUUAAUUCAAAUGAUAUAUUAUGAAUUCUAUUAUUUUAAUAACAAAGAGUCACACUUCUAAAAUAUACAAUGAUAACAAACAAAAUUUUACGAUAAUGAGAGACACUUUGUUUAGGUGGUACAAGUUUCUAGAAGGUUCCAAUAAGAAACAAGCAGUGACGUUAGAUGAUAGAAUUAAACAAGUUUCUGGAACAUUGAUAAUACGUGAUGCUAAAGUAGAAGAUUCUGGUAAAUAUUUAUGUGUUGUCAAUAAUUCUGUUGGUGGUGAAAGUGUAGAAACUGUGUUGACAGUUACGGGUAAGUUAUUGUAAUUAUAUUUAUGUUUUUUAAUUUUUAGUGUAAUUAUAUUAUAAUUUGAUUUAAUAUUGUAGCUCCACUAAAUGCUAUUGUUGAACCGACUAUUCAAACUGUGGAUUUUGGAAGACCUGCCACUUUGACUUGCAACUAUGAAGGAAAUCCAGUAAAAACUAUUUCUUGGUUAAAAGAUGGUAAACGAUUAAAUUCACACGAUGGCAGAGUAUUACGAAUUGAUUCUGUGCGUAAGGAAGACAAAGGAAUGUAUCAAUGCUUUGUAAGGAACGAACAGGAGAGUGCUCAAGGAAGUGCUGAACUCAAAUUAGGAGGACGAUGUUUGUAUUCUGUAUUCCUACUUGUAAUAGUUUUUCAAUUUUAUUAAUUUCAAAUUUUAAUUUUAAUAUUAAUAGUUGAGCCACCUCAAAUAAAAGAAUACUUUAACGAUAAUACAAUGCAGCCAGGAGUUUCACUGCACUUAAAAUGUAUUGCUUCUGGAAACCCAACCCCUGAAAUCAAUUGGGAAUUAGAUUCCAAACGCCUUAGCAGCACUGAAAGGUUUUGUAAAAUAAAAAUUAUUAUUAAUUGUAUAAUAUAAUUUAUUAAUUUAUAUUUGUUUAGACUUCGUAUUGGACAACAUAUUACAAUGGCAGGCGAAGUAGUUUCCUAUCUGAAUAUAUCAUCAGUUCACACUAAUGAUGGAGGUCACUACAAAUGUGUAGCUGUAUCUAAAGUCGGUACAGCUGAACAUACGGCACAUCUAAAUGUUUACGGUCUUCCUUUUAUUAGACCAAUGGAUAAGAAAAAUAUAGUGUCUGGAGAAAAUCUCUUCGUUACUUGUCCAGUUGCAGGAUACCCAUUAGAAUCAAUUACAUGGGAAAGAGGUAUACAUUUAUAAAUUAGAUUAACCACUACUGUUUUUGAUUGAUACAAUUUAAUUAUUAGAUAAUCGACAGCUACCUAUUAACCGAAAACAAAAAGUAUUUCCUAAUGGUACGUUGAUUAUUGAAAAUGUUGAAAGAUCUUCUGAUCAAGCUACUUACACAUGUGUUGCUCGAAAUGCUCAGGGACAUACUGCUAAAGGAAAUUUAGAAGUUCAAGUAAUGGGUAUGUAAAUGUUUCUUAUAAUUUAUAAUAUUUAUAAAUGGUCCAUCUGUUCUUCAUAUAUAUUUUAUAUUUUUAGGUCUACUUAUGAGUUAUUUAUACUUUUUAAUAACAAAGAUUUAUUAAUUUUUAAUAUUUUUUUUAUUAAUAUUUAAUAUAUUUGAUCAAUAAUGUUUUGGACCCAAUUAUUAUAUUUCUUAUUUUUAAAUUUUUAAUAUUAUCACAUAUAACUCUGAUUUCCAAGAACUUAUGAAAAGUGUAUUUAAUUUAAUUUAGAAUACAAAAAUAUUAAUACAUUUUACUUAAUAAGUACAUUUUACAAUUUAGGUAGUUAAAAUUGUAAAUAAAAUAUUAUCUUACUUAUAGAUGUAAAAACUUUCUAAUGAAUAUUAUGUUACAAACAAAUCAUAGCGUUUUAAAAAUUUAAUCUUAAAUCUAUCUACUUAUAUCUAAUUAUAUCUAAUUAUUAGUUUGUUGAAUGAUAUUUUAUAAAAUAAUCUAAGUAUCUACAUAGGUAUUACCCUAAAAAAUGUUAUAGUCUUUAAAUUUAUUUAUGAGUAGAUCUAAUAUUGUCUGUUUGAUAAGCAGAAAUAGAAUACAUGUCUAACAUUAUCUAAAAAUUAUUGCUUUUAUAAUUAAAUAUUAAUAAUUAAAAUAUUAUACAACUUACAACAACUAAACAUAAUUCAUGAAGAUUUAAAAAUGAAGAACAGAUUAUAUCUAUAAUAUUAUUUCAGCCAAUUAUUACUAUUAUUUGAAACCCAUAAAAGAAAAUUUAGAGUAUAAGUGAAAUGUCAGAAUAUAAGAAAGUUAGAAUUUUUGAUUUUAUUAAAAGGGUUAUAAGAUCUAUUCAUAAUUAUAAUUAAUAGCACGUGGAACAACAUAGUUAAUAUAUAUAAUAUAGUUGUAUAAUAUAAGUUUUAUUUAAGAUUCUCUUGCAAUAGUAACUCUUUACAAAAUAAUAUCAACUAAUACUUAAUCUAAAUAUUUUUUAUUUUAAAGAUCUUAAAAUUAUUUAAAAUUAUUAUUUAUAAAUAUAAUAAAUGUAGGUUUAAAAAAUAUUAAUUAAUACUUUAUUAGUUUAAGUCUUAACACUUUCGAUUUAAGUUUUAAUUAAGUGUAGUUUAUAUCAUCCACAGGUAAGUGCACUUUAAGUGUAUUGUUUAUGAAGUUUAAUUUAAUAGUAUAGAUACCUACGAAUAGGUUUUUAAAAAUUAUAUUGUAUAACACUAUUAUACCUACCUACAGUAUAAUUUUUAGUUCCACCUGUAAUAUUACCAUUUGCAUUUGAUGGAGAAACCAAUGCUGGCGAUAAUGCCCAGUUAACUUGUCAUGUGAGUAAAGGUGAUAUGCCUCUUGAAUUAUUUUGGAAUUUUUUGGAUGCCAACAAUCGUUCAGUACCACUUCCAGAACUUACUACUGUUAAUAGAAUAGGAAAGAAAAUAGCUGUACUUGAAAUACCCGUGGUUACACAAUUUCAUCGUGGUACUUAUGUCUGUACUGCAAAUAAUCGUGCAGAUCGAGUAUCACAAUCUGCUGUUUUAUCUGUAAAUGGUAAAAAAUUAAAGAGGUCUAAUAAAAAAGAAUUUUAUAGCAUGACUGUUGUAUAAUUAUGCUGGAAAUUUUGUCGCUAAAAGUUGUCUUAUAAAUUCUAGUAAUUCUACUAAUCGAUAAUUCCUCUAAAUGUAACUUUCCUAAGAUAUUAAAGACAAUGAACUUGUUAUUAGUACCACCAUCAAUGAAACCAUUUUCGUUUGAGGGUGAUUCAAACGUUGGCGACACUGCUCAACUUACUUGCCAUGUAAUAAAAGGCGACACUCCGUUAGAAAUAAUUUGGGUGUUUCAAGGCCCAGAUGGUCGUCUACAACCUAUGCCACAGCCAAUAAUAGAAAAUAAAAUUGGCAAAAAAAUAACAAUGUUAGAGAUACCUACAGUAACAGAAUACCAUCGAGGAAGUUACUCUUGUAUUGCAAAAAACAGAGCAGGGAUAGUCAAUCAAACUGCAAUUUUGAUGGUUAAUGGUAUACAAAGGCGUAUAUUUAAAAAAUAUAAUUUGUUAACAUGCAACAUCAGCACUAGCACAUUAUGCUUUUCUUUAUGGUUCCCAUGCAUAUUUAACUCCAUUAUAAUUCAUCACCAUUUAAUAUUUGCAAUUUGUUCAUAAUAUAUUAUUUUCUUAACAUUUUAGUACCCCCCUCAAUAAUGCCUUUUUCGGUUGAUGGAGAAUUAAGUGUCGGUGAUAAUGCUCAAUUAACAUGUCAUGUAGCACGAGGAGAUAUGCCAAUUAAUAUAUCUUGGAUUUUUCGAGCUGCUGAAGGUGGAUCAUUAGGACCAUUACCUGAGCCUAUAUUGCUUAAUCGUAUAGGAAAAAAAAUUGUUAUGUUAGAAAUACCAUCUGUGACUGAAUAUCAUAGAGGAUCUUAUACAUGCAUAGCAACAAAUCGAGCUGGUGUUUUUGAACACACAGUAAAAUUAAUGGUCAACGGUAUAAAAUUAUCUGUUUAGAUUCGCACAAUAUUUGUUAAGCUUAUUCCAGCAUUUAUGCAUGUCCAGACUUUUGAUGCCUCGUUAGGAAACAGAGUUUAUUCCAUUUUACAUAUCCUUCCAGUAUAGUUGUUUAUUGCAUUCCUAAGUAAAGCUAUAUUUGUUCAUAAAUUUUGUUAAGAAAUUAUAUUUUAUACCAAACUGUUUUAGUAUAUUUAAUAAAUAUUAUAUUUAUAUGUAAAAUAAAAAAUUUGAACAAUAAUGUAUUUCUUCAAUAAAUCCUUAGGUACACUACAUUUUCUAAGAGUAUAGUUGAUCUAGGUAUUUCAUUUAUUUAUCCUAUAGGUAGGUGUUAAAUAUUUAACAUACCUACCUAUAAUCUUAUAAAAUACAAUUACAUUUGUUAUGGCGUUCUAAAAAUGUUUCAUUUUUACACAAUUUUUUUAAUCACUCCAGCUUUUAAUUUAUUUAUUAAUUUUACAACUUAAAAUUGUAUAUAACAAAAUUAAUUUAUUCCACAUAACUAUUUUGAAUAUUAAAAAAUGUAUCCUGAAUGUGGUUGGUUAAUAUUGUGAAUUUUCUAUACUAUGAAAUAUUUACAGUACCACCACGUAUCAGACCAUUUGAGUUUGAAUCAGUAGUAUUUGCUGGCGAACCUGUGCAAUUAACAUGUUUUGUCACUGGAGAUAAACCAUUAAGAAUAUCGUGGUAUUUACAAAGCAAAGAGUUAACAUCUCAAACUGGCAUAGCGACAAGUACAAUAGGAGAUCGAACAAAUAGUUUAUCUAUUGUUUCUACGGGUCUUUCCAAUGCUGGAAAUUAUACUUGUGUUGCUCAAAAUGCAGCCGGAAUGGAUUAUCAUUCCGCGUAUUUGGAAGUAAAUGGUAUAAAGUCGGACAUGAUCACAGUAUUUUUCGAGUUAUUUGUAAAAUAAACAUAUUAAUAAUUGAUUGCUUAAUAAUUGUUUGUUAUCUGUAAACUAUGAUAAAAAUUCGGCGUGAGAAAUUUGGUACUUAUUUGGAAAUUGAUGUUUUUGUAGUUAGUGUUAUGAAUAAAUAACAUAUUCCUUUAAUCCUAUCGUUUUUAUAAAAUACUAUUGAUACAUUUUUUAAUGAGUUUAUGGUUAUGCACAAGAUUAUCAUAUUAAUUUUGAAACGUUUAUAAUUAAUCAUAAUAAAUUAGUGAUAUAAAAAUUUAAAGUUUAAAAUGAAACUAGUAAAGAAAUACUUAAAUCUUAAAUAAUUAAAUGAUACACAAAAUUCCAGUACCGCCACGUAUCAGACCAUUUGAGUUUGAAUCGGCAGUUUAUGCUGGGGAGCCUGUACAAUUGACUUGUUUAGUAACCAAAGGUGAUAAACCCUUAAGAAUAUCAUGGUAUUUGCAAAGCAAAGAAUUAACGGUACCGCAGACUGGUAUAAUUACAAGCAAUCUGGGCGAUCGAGCCAAUAGUUUGUCGAUAUCUUCGGCUGGUAUUUCGAAUCGUGGAAAUUACACUUGUGUAGCUCAAAACGCUGUCGGGAUGGACUCUUAUUCUGCAUAUUUAGAAGUGAAUGGUAUAGAAUUGAAUAUUAUGAAAUAUUAUUUUUAUUUCUACAGGCAUUUAAUAAUUAACUUGCUUUGAAUGUUGUUUAAUGUGGUAUCAUAUUAUACAGAUAUAGACCAAAGCAGUUUUCGUCAUUUAUUCUUUAUUUCCCUAUAGUUUUCUGCUCUGACAUAUUCCUUGUACUCCUAGAUAAUAAUCACUUAAUCAGUAAUACACAUUUUUUAUACAUUAAAUAAGAUGCAUUGUUAUAAAUAAUCAUAUAUAAUAGCUUUGUAACAAAAUAAAUACAGAUAACGUAUUUAUCCAAGCCAAAGAUAAUUUUCAUGGUUUCCAGUGCCACCUCGAAUCAGACCAUUUGAAUUCGAGUCAGCAGUCUAUGCUGGCGAGCCAGUACAAAUAACAUGUCUUGUGACUAAAGGCGAUAAGCCUUUAAGGAUAUCAUGGUAUUUUCAUAGCACAGAACUUAAUUCAUCUGAGACUGGAGUCUUUACUAGUUCUAUGGGUGACAGGUCAAAUAUUUUAUCCAUUCCUUUUGCUGGUCUUUCUAACGGUGGAAAUUAUACAUGUGUAGCACAAAACGCUGUAGGAAUGGAUUAUUAUUCUGCAUACCUGGAAGUUAAUGGUACAAUUUAUUAUAGGCUUACCUAUACUACAGUUUAACGUAUAUCUAUCUUAAUAACAGUGUUUAUUAAUUUCAGUAGUUUGUUUUUCAAUACAAAUAUCCAUUUAUAUCCUUAUUAUCCUUUAUAACUUAAUUUUAAUUUAAACACCCUUUUAUGGUGUUCAUUAAAAAUAAAAAAAUAAUUACUCAUUAAAUUGAUGUCUUAUUAAAUUUUUAUAAGAAUUUAAAUUAUUGUAAACUAGAAAUAAAAUAUCAGUUAAUUAGAGAAUAUUAAUAUAUCUAUAAUCUAUAUAGUUAAUAGUGAAGUUGAAAAAAAAAAUAAUUAUUAAUCAUGACGAUGGAACAAAUAAUAUAUUAUGUUGGUAUAGGUAUAAUGCAUAAGAAUCAAUAAUAUUACAACAUCAUUAAAAUUAGUUUUGGGUUAUAAGUUUCUAACAAUUUUUUAAAAAAAUAAAUGACUUUACAGUACGCCCGAAAAUAUUGCCAUUUUCAUUUGGUGAAAUGCCUAGCAAUGCUGGUGACACUGUGCAAGUGGGAUGCACCGUUGUUAAAGGCGAUAAACCUUUACGUAUUAGUUGGAAUUUUUAUGGGGAAGAACUAUCAUCUAAUAUGGGUGUUACCACAAUGCCGGUUGGUGAUUCAAUGAACGUUUUGUCUAUACCUUCUGUUGAGACAACAAAUCGAGGAAACUAUACUUGUUUAGCUAAAAAUUCAGCUGGAUAUGAUUCAUAUACAGCUCAGCUGUUGGUUAAUGGUAGUCAUUAAAAUUAUAAAUUUAGUGUGCUUGUAGAUGCAACACUCCUUCCGGUAUUUAUCCCGGGGUUAACUAUAGUUAAAUAGUUUUAUUUAUAGGUAAUUUGUAUAUUCUUUGAUAUUCAUUAUUUACAUAUAAGUAAUAGAUACCCUCAUCAAGUUAUUAAUAACAUAUAGUUUAUUAAUUUUAAGUUAUGUUACCAAUAGAAAAAAAAAAAACAUUAAUUUUCAUAAAUCUUUAUUAAAAAAACAUAAUAAGUAAAGUUAUACGCGUUUACAGUUCGGCCACAAAUUUUGCCAUUUUCAUUUGGGGAUAAUCCAAAUAAUGCUGGCGAUAAAGUCCAAGUUGGUUGCACUGUUGCGAAAGGUGACCAACCUUUACGCAUAAGUUGGAAUUUUUAUAGUGAAGAAUUAUCAUCUAACAUGGGUGUUAGCACCAUGGCUGUUGGUGAUUCAAUGAAUGUUUUGUUUAUUCCAUCUGUUGCUCCUUCAAAUAGAGGAAAUUAUACUUGCGUUGCAAAAAAUCCAGCUGGCCAUGAUUCAUAUACAGCUCAACUCUUGGUCAACGGUAUUCAUUAUACCUAAUAUUGAGUAUUUACUCAACUGCUAUUCUUCUAUGUACUCAGUAAAAUGCAACAAUCAUUAAUCCAAUCUUAUCCAUGUAUAAUUUAAAACCUCCACACCUUAGUAACCCAUUUAAUAACCAAGUACCUAUAAAUAAUAUGUCCGAAAAACGAAAUCCAAAAAAAAUUAUAUUAUUGUAUAACUUGUCUUGGUAUUUUAAUAAAUUUACCUAACUACAAUAACAAUCUAUCAAUAAAUAUUUUACUUCCUAUAGUACGUCCAAAAAUAUUACCAUUUUCUUUCGGUGAUACACCAAGUAAUGCUGGAAAUACUGUACAAGUCGCAUGUACUGUCACAGAAGGUGAUAAACCUUUACGUAUUAAUUGGAAUUUCUAUGGUGAAGAACUUUCAUCGGACAUGGGCGUUAGUACUAUGCCCGUUGGAGAUUCAAUGAAUGUUUUAUUUAUAUCAUCUGUUACUCCUUCAAACCGAGGAAACUAUACUUGUGUUGCAAACAAUUUUGCUGGCAUUGAUUCAUUUACUGCUCAACUCUUAGUUAAUGGUAUUUAAUAUUACCACUAAACUAUAAACUAAUCAUUUUGUUGGUAUAGUGCAACAACCCAUAUCCUACACUUAUCCUAAUAAUAUUAUAAAUCGUACCAAUAUAAAAAUUCAUAAAAUAAUUUUAAGCAUUUGCUUCCGUCAAAAAAUAUUAUUAUUUUAUAAGUACCUUCAUAGUUAGCGUAUAAUUUAUACCUAUGUAUAUAAAUGUAUAUAAGUACCUAAACAAUGAAUAAUGCAUAUAUUUAUUAGAAAUAAUUUUUUAUUUAAAAAAUUAUAUUAUUAUAUAAAAAUGUAAUUAUUAACAACAAUUUUGUGGCAAUGUUGUACCUAUUCAUUCUUACAGUACGUCCGAAAAUAUUACCAUUUUCUUUUGGUGGUGAACCUAGCAACGCUGGAAAUCCUGUGCAAGUGGGAUGCACUGUUCUGGAGGGUGAUAAACCUUUACGUAUUAGUUGGAAUUUUUAUGGCGAAAAUUUAUCAUCGAACAUGGGUGUUAGUACUAUGACCGUUGGAGAUUCAAUGAAUGUUUUAAUUAUACCAUCAGUGGUUCCUUCUAACCGCGGAAAUUAUACUUGUUUAGCAAAAAAUUCAGCUGGAAAUGAUUCGUAUACCGCUCAGCUAAUAGUAAAUGGUAGUAAUAUUACUCAAAUUUAGAGUAACUAUUACGUGUAGAUAAUACUAUAUGCAUACAUUUUUAAAGCACCUUUGGUUAUUAAAGUUCAAUGUAUAUUAUCUUUUUUCUACAUGUUUUCCGUUUUUUCCUAAUUAAAUAUGUAAUGAAUAAACAACUUAACGUUUAAGUAUACAUAGUUAUUUCGGGUAGCCGGUGGUAUAACUAUUUUAUAAGCAUUUAAAUUUAUUAUCAAGAACUAUUUCAGUUUUACCAAAAAUCGUACCUUUUUCAUUUGGAGAUGGACCAGUUAAUUCUGGUGAAUCGAUUCAAGUCGUAUGUUCGGUUUCAAAGGGUGAUCGUCCGUUAACAAUAAGUUGGAGUUUUUAUGGUGAAGCAUUAUCAUCUGAUAUGGGUGUAACUACACAAAUGUUGGGAGAUACGACUAACUUUUUAUCUAUUCCUUCGACUGGCCCUUCAAAUCAAGGAAAUUAUACAUGCAUUGCAAAAAACAGUGCUGGAUCGGACACAUAUACUUCACAACUUGUGGUUUACGGUAUACAAAAUUGAUCGUGUAACGUAAAGCAUGGUCAAAAAACGUUAAAAAAAGUCUAGUUUAUCACAAAGAAACUAACAAAAUAGCACAGCUUAAUAUUCCUUAAAAGCAAUUAACUUUUCAAUCCGUUUAAACCAUUCAAAAUAUAAAAAGGUUGAGUAGAAUAAGUAAACGAAUUGUAAAAUAUUUUAUAUAAAAUUGCUUUCUUCGUCAUUUACACAAAUAAAUAUUAGAUAUUGUUCAAAAUGUUUAGUUUUGCCUAAAAUAUUACCAUUUUCCUUCGGAGACGGUCCAGUUAAUGCCGGUGAAUCUGUUCAACUAUCUUGUUCGGUGGCUAAAGGUGACAAACCUAUGUCCAUAACUUGGAAUUUUUAUGGUGAAGAAUUGUCUUCUCAUAUGGGCGUUACUACGCAAAUGUUUGGGGACACGACCAACUUUUUAUCAAUUCCUUCAGUCAGUCCCUCAAAUCGAGGAAACUAUACUUGUAUUGCUAAAAAUUCAGCUGGAUCUGACUCGUUAACGUCUCAACUAAUGGUUAAUGGUAUAGCGAAGUAUUUUUUUCUAGCAUGACUUUUGAAUUAUUCUUAGCAUAUAUAUUAUGUUAGGUUAUAUUAAAUAUGUUCUAUACUUGAUCCAAUUUAAAAAUUAUAUUCCUUAAUACCAUACAAAUUAGUUAUAUAUAUAUAUAUAUGUAUAUAUAUAUAUAUAUUACAAAGCUUAUAUUUAUAUUCCAAUGGUAACCUAUUAUUUUUUUUUUUUCAUUGAUAUUAUUUAUUUUAUAACCGAGGAAAAUUAAAUUUUUUAAUUAUUUAAGACUUGUUUAUCAUAGUUUAUUAAUGUGUAAUACAUUAUUCAGUUGGUUAUUUUGAGUUUUCAAUAUUGAUAUUUAACAUUCAUAUUAUUUGUUGGUUAUAGUCUUACCGCAUAUUGUUCCGUUUUCUGUUGAGGAGAAAGUGAGAUCUGGCGAUAGCAUACAGUUAAGUUGUCACGUUUCAAAGGGGGAUAAACCUCUAGAACUUGAUUGGUUAUUCAAUGAUGAUGAACUUUCUUCCGAAUUGAGUGUGAGCACAACUAAACUUGGUUCAAGUUCUAGUGUACUUACUAUUGGAACUCUAUCCGCAGCACAUACAGGAAAAUAUACUUGUAUCGCGUCUAAUCGAAUCGGGUCUUAUAAUUAUUCAACGUACAUAAACGUCGAUGGUAUAUUUUUGUUUUAAAGUUUUGAUUUGCUUGUGAUUUAGUGUUGUUAUUUUAACCUUAAUAAAUAAUGUCUUUUAAAAUUGUUCAUUAACUUAGAUUAGGCUAGUAUUAUUUAGUUAUGUUUAUAACAAUGUAACUUUAACGAUUCCUUAAAUGAUAUUACCAUUCCACCUAUUUAAUCAACAUACGAGCACCUACCAUAAUAUGUGUUUAUACAUUUUACUAUUCAAGAGUGUUACUGCAGAUAGGUAUUUCGAUAAAAAAAAAAUUUAUUCAAAUGUGUAUUCGAUACAUAACAAUUUUUUUAUUUAAAAAAAAUGGUUAAACUAAUUGUAUUACGUAUUCCAUUUAAAUUAUAUUAGUAUUAAAUUUGAAAAAUCCACAUACUACUUGAAUAUUUUAUAAUUUACCAAUACGUUUAAUUUCAAAUUUAAAGUCCCACCUAAGAUGACACCUUUUACAUUUGGUGACGACAUCCCCGAAGCCGGUGAAACGAUCUCUAUACAGUGCACUAUAUCUUCUGGAGAUAUUCCUGUUGAGUUUGCGUGGACUUUCAACGGUAAAUCAACAAGUGACUUAGCAAACGUUUUUGUAUCAAAAAAUGGACGACGAGUUAGCGCAUUAACUGUCGAAUCGUUAACAGAGAAAAAUGUCGGCAAUUAUUCUUGUCUUGCCAGAAAUAAGGCUGGUGAAUCAGUACACACUGCCUCAUUGUAUGUAAAUGGUAACUACCUAGAAAUCCGGGUAGGGUAAUCUUAGCAUGCUGAAAUUAAUAACUAUAGACAAUUCUUAGUGCCUAUUUAUUUGGUUUCAAUGUCUGAUAUGAUUACCUAUAUAAUAAUUUAUAUUUCACCGAUACACUUACAAUAUACACAUUUUAUUAGAAGUUAGUAUCCAGUUUCUAUUUCCUAUUUGAUAUCUGUUUUUUGUUUACAACAUGUAGUUUUUCCGAAAAUAAAACCAUUUACAUUUGGAGAUACACCAAUAUAUGCUGGACAGUCAGCGCAAGUGACUUGUUCAGUUCAGGAAGGUGAUUCUCCUCUAGAAUUGUCGUGGGCUUUCGAUGGGCCUCGAGAUGUAUUUGGGCUAGGCGUGUCAGUGGUAAAAAUUGGCACAAAAACUAGUCUUUUAUCGAUUGAAAACACAAAUUAUGUUCACCGGGGAAAUUACACUUGUUAUGUUAUGAAUCGCGCGGGGAACGCAUCGUAUACGGCUAGCUUGAAUGUACACGGUAUAGAAUUUAAUGUUACACUGAUAGCCACAAUUUUAAGCAUGUACAUUACGCAAAAAUUUGGUACGGUGCAGUCAAAUAUUUGUAAAGUAUGCUUCAAUCUUUAAAAUACCAAUUAUUUCCUUUAUAUUUUGAAAUUGGAUUUCCUCAAGAUAAAUUAUCAAUAGAUACUUGCAUUUUAUUAUUUAUUUUAACAAUAUGGUGUUUUUUAGUACCUCCUCGUAUCGUCCCUUUCAACUUUGAAGAGCCAAUAUAUUCCGGUCAGUCAGCUCAAAUCACAUGCUUAGUGUCCGAGGGUGAUACUCCUUUGAAUAUAACUUGGUGGUUUCGCAAAUCUGAUAAAUCUGAAUUAAUACCAUUACCUAGUGGAAUAUCAGUUAAUAAAAUGGGUAGUAAAUUAUCCAUGUUAUUUAUUGAGUCCACAUCUGCCUAUUUUGCCGGAAAUUAUGCAUGCAUCGUUGAAAACAGAGCAGGGAGUUCUAAGUACACAUCAGCAUUGAAUGUUCAUGGUAAAAUGAUUUUUAAUUCUCAAGAAACUGACUUACAUAUUACGCUUGUUGAUUGA